CGUGCCUGAGAAAAAAGUGGAAACUGGCUACUUACUUGCAUGUGCGUAGCGGUGGGGCGCCCCGUUGUUGAACUGCGACGCCAUGCCUGGUCCUGUACGGAUGCCCUCUCGGGAAGAGGCUCUGCUAGGCAGAUCUGAGGCAAUCGUAGUGUCAGGUACGGGAAGAGGGAGACCCACGCGUGUCCCUGCAUUUUCGUGGGGUGGGUGCAGCCGAGGUGGGAGGGGGCUUAAGAAAUCCCCACCCACCGUGAUCAGCUAUGCUUUCUGUCCUUUACCCGCCCAAAUCUAUCUCACAAGGCACAAGGCACAAGGGGAACGCCAGUCAGUUAAGGCAGGGAAGCUCCCCGUGGGGUUUGCUCCCGCGUAGACCUGCACGGGACCGGCAGAGAAGAGCAAGGAGGAAGGCAUCCAACGCAGUGUAGCUCAAGAGGAUCGUUAGAUCCCAGGUCCUGAGUGCGGAGAUUGCUGGAGGGAUCCUGCGCACACACGCGCGCGCGCACGCACUCCCGUGGCUCUCCGGAGGAAGUUUUGAGCCUCCAGGAGCUCUUGGAAUGUGCGUUGUUUUGUGGUUUGCAAACUGGCUCUGACGCAUGACGAUCCCGGGGCAGAGAAAUCGGGAGCUGGGAUUUGCACCCCAAAAUAAGUUAUGGGUGUGCAAACUUCCGUUCGUUAUCCAAGCUGCUCACGUGUCUGUGUGGAAUAAGGGGCUGGGUGCAUGGGCUUAGCCAAGGGGCAGGCAGCUGCCCCCCCAAUCAAUAAAAAUAUAUAGCAAACGGAGGUUCUGCCCCCACUAACAAGAGGCCUGCCCCCCCAACAAAAGGUCUGUGCCCCCUAACAAAAAUCCUGGCUGUGCCCGUGGCUGGGUGUUGAGAGUCUAUGGUUCUUCCAAAAUGGUGGGUCUAGGGGAGAGUGUGGAGGACCCUCCUCCUUUUCCAGGCUGACUAUUGUCCUUUGCAUGUUACCUGCAAAGCUGAACUUUUGGGUGGAGGUGAAUAAUAUGAGAUGUCAAAGACUUCUUCCUAUAAAAGACUGGUGAGUCAAUGUGUAGAGAAUGUCUCACAGGUCAUAUUAGUGCCAUCAUACAUUUAGAGCACACGACUCCCCCCAAUGAAUCCUGGGAGCUGUCAUUUACUCCUCAGAGAACAGUUCCCAGACCUUUGAACAACCCGAAGGUAACCGGGGUUCUUUAGGGGAAGUCCAAUGCUAUACAGCGGAUGUGACCUCAGACUGUGGCUGCGGAGAACGCAGGUCCCGAUCCCUGUGCCCAGCCAUGAAAAGCUCACUGGAUGACUUUGGGACAACCUACCUUACAGGGUUGUUGUGAUAUUAACACUGAGAACUGUGCAUGCUGUGUUGAUCUCCCUGGUGGAAGUGGGACAGGAAUGUAAAGCAGUGUAAUAAAGUGAUUUUUGACAGGAAAAGUGCAAAGGUUGAAGUCCAAGGGAGACAGCUUGCCUGACCUCAUUGCUUCCUGAAGCUCACACGCUCUAAAGUUCUCGUUUGUGCAUGCAGUAGAUAAGAUUGUAAAGCCUCCUUGUCUGUUCCAUUUCUAAUUACCACUAAGGAGCAGCCUGGUUAAAUGUUUCCCCAUUUGGCAAAGAAGGGAUCGUACACAUUCAAAACAGUAUCAGGGAGAAGGCUAAGCUAGAACUCCUCACCCUGAUUUCUAGUUUGGAUCCCUCACCCAGAGAAAAGUAAUUCAUCUCUGUCGCACCCCCCGCCUCCAUCUGCAGUGGUAGAUUCCAAGAGUUGACCAUUGCAUCAAAUGUUUAUUACAUUUUUUAAAAAAAUCCCACCUUUCCCCCAAGGAAAUGUAGAUGGUGUACAGGACUGGGCAAUACCUGGUUUUCAACAUCGUUAUAUAUUUCACCAGCUAAGCAUCACGAUAUACCAAUAGAUCAUGAUGUCGGAAAUAAGGAUGGAGCUAUGUAGAGGCAUUGGCUGGCUUCACGGUUUCCCCCGCAUUGUGAUUUCUGCAUAACAGCCUUGGUCCAGUAUACCUGAGGAGCGUCUCCACCCCCAUCGUUCUGCCCGGACACAGAGGUCCAGCGCCGAGGGCCUUCUGGCGGUUCCCUCGCUGCGAGAAGCCAAGUUACAGGGAACCAGGCAGAGGGCCUUCUCGGUAGUGGCACCCUAUGGAACGCAGUCCCACCAGAUGUCAAAGAGAAGAACAACUACUACCAGACUUUUAGAAGACAUCUGAAGGCAGCCCUGUUUAGGGAAGCUUUUAAUGUUUAAUAGACUAUUGUAUUUUAAUGUUUUGUUGGAAGGUGCCCAGAGUGGCUGGGGAAGCCUGGCCAGAUGGGCGGGGUAUAAAUAAUAAAUUAUUAUUAUUAUUAUUAUUACACCUGCACACACCAUGAUUCAUGGUAUAUUGUUAGGUCAAAAAUUAUGAAACAGAUAUGAGGAUAUAGACUUCUGUGGGCUGGUUUUGGAUAAAAUAUUGCCCAGCCGUAAUGGUGCUCCUGCCCCCUUCCCUUCUCAUUUGCUCCUCAUGGCAACGCUGCAAGGUGGGUUAGGCUAAGAGAUAGGAAACUGCCUCAUGCAAAGUGCACAUCUAGCUCAUUGUUUACACUGGUGGUAGUGAACCUCUGGGCUCAGCUAUGCUCACUGGACCUCCCUGUUUGGCCCGUGAGGCCAUUUUGGAUAAACCACACCCACCUGCCACACACCUAGUGUCAUGUAUGAUGUCGGGGGCAGAGCUGGUAGCACUUUGUGAGCCCGAACGAUCCACUGAUUGUCGGGGAGUUGAAGCACCGCACAGGGCUGUAUGCAAGCUCUGACCAUCACCCGAUAGUUGGGCUUAGGCCUUCACAGCUUAGGCGCACAUCAGAUGAGCGAAAACGGGUUGCUUGAUGUUGCUGCGAAGUCAGGUGAUUGGCAGGUGGGCAGCCUCGCAAGGGAGAGGGGAGAUAAGGAUCUGGUCUGUCAGCUGAAUCCAGUUCCUAACCCCUGGCCACACCCUCUAUACCAAGGAUGGGGAGCCUGUGGCCCUCUGGCUCCCACCAGCCCCAGUCAGCAUGGAUGUCAGAGACGACGAAAGAGUCAAGCAACAUUUGAAGGACCAAAGGUUUCCUAGCUCUGCUCUUCCUUGGCUGGUAGCUCUAAAAUCCUAGAAUCAAAGAAUCAUAGAGUUGGAAGAGACCACAAGGGCCAUCGAGUCCAACCCCCUGCCAAGCAGGAAACACCAUCAGAGCACUCCUGACAUAUGGUUGUCAAGCCUCUGCUUAAAGACCUCCAAAGAAGGAGACUCCACCACACUCCUUGGCAGCAAAUUCCACUGUCGAACAGCUCUUACUGUCAGGAAGUUCUUCCUAAUGUUUAGGUGGAAUCUUCUUUCUUGUAGUUUGGAUCCAUUGCUCUGUGUCCGCUUCUCUGGAGCAGCAGAAAACAACCUUUCUCCCUCCUCUAUCUGACAUCCUUUUAUAUAUUUGAACAUGGCUAUCAUAUCACCCCUUAAUCUCCUCUUCUCCAGGCUAAACAGAAGUCUUCCCUGUCCUACUUAAGGGAUACUGGGGCAGUCUGCAUGCAAAGCAUGUGAUUUGCCGCGCUUACUCUGAGAUGGUGUAGCCACUGCGCCACACUUCCUCUGUGCUUAUAGGAGUUAGAACCAAUUAGAAAGCAAAACUGGCCUUUCAGAGCUUGGUGCCCCAGUCUUCUGUUGUCUGUGCCUCUGUUUGCAAAUUGGGUCUCGGCUUGCUUUUCAUUGAGGAAGUUGGUAAAAAUAGUGUGGCUUUUAUUUUUUUUAUAGUAAAGGCCUUUGCUCGCGUUUCUAUCCCACCCUUAAGGCUAUCCUAAGAGCCCUGCUGGAGCCAGGCAAAGGCUUAUCCAGCAUUCUGUUUCUAGAGCGAGCAAACACUGGGUACUUGUGGGAAGACCCUAAUAAUAAUAAUAAUUAUUAUUUAUUUAUACUCCGCCCAUCCGGCUGGGCUUCCCAGCCACUCUGGGCAGCUUCCAACAAAAUAUUAAAAUACAGUAAUGCAUCAAACAUUAAAAGCUUCCUUAAACAGGGUUGCCUUCAGAUGUCUUCUAACAGUCUGGUAGUUGUUGUUCUUUUUGACAUCUGGUAGGAGGGCAUUCCACAGGGCGGGCGCCGAGAAGGUCCUCUGCCUGGUGCCCUCGGAGCUGGACCUCAGUGUCGGGGCAGAAUGAUGCAGGGUGGAGACGCUCCUUCAGCUAUACUGGACCGAGGCCAAGCAGGACAUGAAUGUGAAAGCCCUUUCCCACUGUUGUUCUCCAGCAACUGGGCCUCAAGAGGGAUAUACCGCCUCCGAACCAGGAUUUGGUAUGAUGAGCCAUUGUGAUGAGCGCCCACCGAUACUGUAUAGCCUUGCGGUCCAUGAAUUUGUCUAAUCCUCUUUGGAAGCCUUCCAAGUUGAUGGACAUCACUACAUUUUGAGAGGGCAAAUUCCAUCAUUGAACUACGGCACUGUGCGAAAAGGUGCUUUCUUUUCUCUGUCCUGAAUUUUCAGCUUCAUGGGAUGAUCCUGAAUUCUGGUAUUAGGAGAGGGUAGGGGAGAAACCACUCUCUUUCCACUUUCACCACACCAGGCACAUUAGUUUUACAGUGGUACCUCGGGUUACAGAUGCUUCAGGUUACAGACACUUCAGGUUACAGACUCCGCAAACCCGGAAGUAGUACCUCAGGUUAAGAACUUUGAGAACUGAAAUCGCACAGCGGCAGCAGGAGGCCCCAUUAGCUAAAGUGGUACCUCAGGUUAAGAACAGUUUCAGGCUAAGAACGGACCUCCAGAAUGAAUUAAGUUCUUAACCAGAGGUACCACUGUAUAUGCCUCAGCCGUGGCCCUCUUCCUCACCCUUUUUCUAAGCUAAAAAUCCCAAACCUUGUCACUGUUCCUAUAUGGUGAGCAGCAGGGAGACUGAGGCACAACAGUGAAACCGCCCCCCCCCCAUUUAUGGUAAUUUUCAUUUGUAUAUUAUAUUUUGUAUUAUAGAUUAUGAUUCUAUUAAUUAAGUAGGGGAACGGCCACAGCUCAGUGAUAGAGCAUCUUCUUCACAUGCAGAAGGCCCCAGGUUCAAUCCCCAGCAGGACUGGGACUGCCCCCUGCAUGAAACCCUGGAGUGCUGCUGCCAGUCAGAGCGGACAAUAUGCAGCUAGAUGGACCGGUGAUCUGAUUCUGUAUGAGGCAGCUUCCAGUGCUCUUAAUAUUUCCAUAGCGUUCAUUAGCACCGUGACUGAGGAACAUGCUCAAGAACUGUGUGUGAAAGUAAUGCCAUUAUGAGCUGGACAGGCUGAGUUGGACAUGUGCUCUCAGUAGAGGAAAAGCUCUGAGCUACAUUGCUUCAGAUCCUGAAGGUCCAACUGAGUUCUUCUUACAAGCAAUAAAAGAAAAUAAUGACUUGACCAUCAUUGGAUGCACUUUGCAUUUCAGAUAAGCUCUGUUGAUCACCUGGAGAUGGCAUGAGCAUGUUUAAUGCUUGCUCCGUAACUUCUGUUAUCUAUUUUAUUAUUAUUAUUAUUAUUAUUAUUAUUAUUAUUAUUAUUAUUAUUCUACUUUGUGCUGGAAUGAAUGGGUGGAUGGUUAUAUGCGUUAGGGUGGGGGGAACUGCUUGCUGAUUUCCCAGCUGCUCUUCCCAAGAGAGUGUCAUCCCUGUUUACAUUCUGAACAUGUGCCAAGGGCCUGUGCUAUGGAAUGAUACUGAUUGGGGAUGGGGUAUACUGCACUCUCCAUGGCAACAGAUAAGUGUUGCUAGGAGACAGCGGAGGAAUAAAAGGCUGGGAGGGAUGCCCAGCAGCCUUCGUACCCCUCCUCCUCCUCGUCUUCCACUCUCUCUCCCCAAAGUGUCUUUUGGAACAAGAUUAUUCCUGAAACGUGGCGACUGUCAUUGCAACCAUCACAUGGUAGCGCAAGGCGGUGGAGGAGUUGGGAGCAUCUGAAGACUGGGUUUCUUUCUUUGCACAUCUACCAUGCAAUGGUGUCAGUCGCCAUUAACCCCUGUAGUCUUGCCUGGUACAAAGGCACUUGUAUGACCUUCUGCCACGUCUGUAAGAAAGGAAAAGGUGCUCACCAGUGGUGGGGCAUCUUGCUUAGGAUCACAGGAAGCUGCCUUCUGCUGAGUCCCAUUGUCUACACAGGCUGGCAGUGACUUUCCAAAAUGUGAGGCCUAGAGUCUCUUCCAUCACAACCCGAAGAUGUUGGGGACUGAACUGGGCACCUUCUAUAAGCUGAGCAGAUGCACACUUAAAGCACCCCUUAAUAUUUUUUGUUGGAAAUUGUAGUUUAUCCUUUACAGAGCUACAAUUCCCAGUGCUCUUGAAGACUACAGUUCCUAUGAUUCUUUAAAUGUAUGAUGUGUAUGCAGCCUAAGUAUUUGCAUGGGAACUUUGGAAGCUGCCUAACCCUGAGUCAGACCAUUGGUUCCUCUAGCGUAAAGGGACCCCUGACCAUUAGGUCCAGUCGUCACUGACUCUGGGGUUGCGGCGCUCAUCUCGCUUUAUUGGCCGAGGGAGCCGGCGUACAGCUUCCGGGUCAUGUGGCCAGCAUGACUAAGCCGCUUCUGGUGAACCAGAGCAGUGCACGGAAAUGCCGUUUACCUUCCCACUGGAACGGUACCUAUUUAUCUACUUGCACUUUGUGCUUUCGAACUGCUAGGUUGGCAGGAGCUGGGACCGAGCAAUGGGAGCUCACCCCGUCUCGGGGAUUUGAGCCGCCGACCUUCUGAUCGGCAAGUCCUAGGCUUUAACCCACAGCGCCACCCGCAUCCCUAUUCCUCUAGCUUAGUAAUGUCUAAAUUGACUGGUAGUAGCUCUCAAGGGUUUCAGGCAUGGAAUCUCUCCCAGUCCUACAUGGAGCAGGCAGGGUUUGUACCUGGGACCUUCUGCAUGCAAAAUUAGAUGCUCUGCCACUGAGCCACAGCCCCUUUGUUUUAGAUUAUGAAUGCAAUGCAGAAGAAGAUGCUGGGUGUUGCUAUAGUUCCGUUGACCAUAAGAUGUACCCUACUGAAUUGGAAUGGAGGUCCAUCCAGCCCACCGUGGCAAGUUAGAUUAUUCUGUGCUUUGCAACGGAGAAGAUUCCCAGCUAUAGUUCCUGGCAUCUAUAGAUAGGGCUGGAAAAGACCUUCAGUCUGGACCGCUGAUCACUCACAGUGUGGCUCUGCCUCACCUUGGACUGCCCAAGUCAGAAGGGGAAGGUGGAAGAUGAGGGUCUGCAGAGUGGAUGUUUGCCAAGCGCAAGGGGCAUGGUGGUGAAUUCAAGAGCCUUGCUGAGGAUGUACAUAUUGCCAGAUUCAAAACUCUGGAGACUGAUGGAAGGGGUGAAGGCACAACAAAGCAGGCUUGGGAAGGGUUGUAGCUCAGUGGCAAAGCAUGUACCUUGCAUUCUGAAGCUUCCUUGCUCAACACUUAGUGGAAGCCUAGGCAUGUUCACACAGAAGCAGGACCCAGGGUGGUCACUGAGACUUGUUCCAGGUAAAUGUGCCUAUGAUUGCAGCCGCCAGUUUUUUGUUGCAGCUGACUAACACAGUUGACUCUCUGGAACUCAUAAUCUUGAAACAGCACCGGUCCUCUUUCUACUCAGUUUGCCCCCUCGACAGUGCAAGAAGAUCUUGGAUCACAUCUCAGCUGAACUGGUUGCAGAUCAACUUUGCUCCUCAGUCAGGUUUUUUCUUGCAAAAGGUCCAGGUUUUUUAAAACAAUAACAACUUCUCCCUAUUCUGGUUACUCCCCUGUUUCUUAGAAAACCAAACCAAACUGAUACUUUACUCUCAAGCAAGUCAUGGAGCGUUUUGUUUCAUAUGCUUACUCCUAGACUUUGGAACUCCCUCCCUAAAGAAGCUGGGCUGGAUCCCUCCUUGCUGUCCUUCUGACGGCAGGUGAAGACUUUUUUGUUUCCACAGGCUUUGAGGAACUGGCUGCUUUUAAUGACAGGGCUGGUGCUGUAGUGUUAUCAUUGCAACCAUCCAUAUGGUUUUAGAUCCUAGAUAUUCAGCAGGUUCCCUCUGUGCCAACUUUUAAAUGCCUGCCUCCUCUAUUCCGCCAGGCCUAUGCAGGCAGUUAAUAAUACAUCUCCCACAAUAGUUGGUUUGUUUUUUAUUUCUUUUUGCUUUUAACUUUAAAAAAAAACUUUUUAUGAUAUUUUUUGGCUUUAAGUUUUUGCUUUGCUUUCCAUUGUUGCAAACUACUUUGAUAUAUUUUUUCCUGAUACAGUGGUAAACAAACAAACAAACAAACAAACAAAUAAAUAAAGCAAGCAAGCAAGCUUUAAUUCUACCAAUGUUUAAUUGUGUGGUUUUUUUUUAAUGAUUCCCCCCCCCCCCCGUGUUUCGAGUUGUUUUUAUUUUUACCUGUAAGCCGCUUCAGGUCCUGUAUGGGAAAAAGACGGAGUAUAAAAAACACACGAAUAAACAAAUACUUUAUAUUUCCUUCUGUUCCCCUGGGUACAAAACUUUGCAGCAGUGCCAAGCAAAACAGUGUUAUUAGUCUGGGAGAGAUUCAUAUCAGGUACUUAGAGCAAGCAAGGUAUGAAUUUGUUAUUGAAGUAGCCCCGGUCAGCGUAGCCGCCAGGGAUCAGGAAUGAUGGGAGUUGUAUUCCAUCUGGAGGGCCACAAGUUCCCGACCUCUGCCUUAGGAAGAACUAUUAGCAGCUUGGUAUUUCGGCUCCUUGGCUAAUCCUGAUCUCUUCUUCGGUGUGUGUUAUCUGGACACACAAAACACGCGUGCGCAUCCUGCCGCAGAACUGGCAUGUUGAAUGUAAAUUUGCUCAUUGUCUCCCCUUCUCCUCCUGCCUUUACCGAGUUGUUCUUUCUCUCUCCUCCCUUUCUCUUUCUCUCGCUUUCUCCUGGUCCCAUGAUGCUUUGCACCUCAGCAAGCUGAUGCCAUAUAAAAAGAGUGGCUGUUUUCCUGCCCGUUCUUCUGAUGGCAGAAGGGGGGAAGCAACCCUGGCACCGUUUGGAGGCGAAAGUUGCCAAGCUUCCGACAAGGUCCUCCUUGUCUUGUUUUCUCUGGCUUGCUUUAUCUCCCUCCCACCCCUUUCCCUGACACCCAGAACCUCUUGUGGAUAGAGGGCACGAGGCGGGCACCCACAGGAGUCUAGGGCGGGUACUGGCCUGAAGGAAUUGGGGGACCGCGCGCCAGAGGAGGUAAGCUUCUUUGCUUCUACCGUGUUCUUUUAUUUAUCUCUGUGGGUGUUUUUAAAUAAAUAAACUAGUUGCUGUGAAUGUUUGGAUCUGCCUACUUUUUUUUUUUUUGGCUAGCUUUCUGGGUUCCGCCAGGCAGGCGUAGAGCGAAAAGGGGGGGUGGAGGGUGGCAUAGAACCACUACAGUUGGGAUGAAGGUUGGCAGGGAAGCCGUGAGACAGAGGGAGAGAGAGAAUAAAGCUGGCACGGGCUGGAGGUCUGCCAAGGAUGCUUGGCAGAGAUGCCAUGGAAGACUGGGGCAGCCUGGACGCGGCAAUGUUGUAUGGAUGGGAGGUGAGGAAGAAAUGGUGAAACGCAGAAAGGCAGAGAAUAGGAAUUGCAGGCUACUGAAUUGGACAUUUUCUUGCGUCUACAUUUUUAAUUUUUUAUUUAUUUUGGAGGGGGGAUCCAUUUCAUAUUUGAUAUUUUUCUCGUGGAGGCUGUUGGUUGGCUCGUUCUGUUUUGCAAUAUAUUUUCAGGCGGAGAGGGGGGGGUUGCGUUUAGGGAAUGUGGCAGUUCCUAUGCUGAUUGAAUUGAAUCUGGGCCAAGGAAAUUAUGUAGCCUGCUUGUUCCCGCUCGGAAAAGGGAGUGAGAGUGAGAGAGAAAAGCAGAGAGACAGGGAGGAGUUGGCUGGGAGCUGCCGAGCUGCCUGGCCACUUUGGCAGCCAAAACAUCGUGCCGAUCCAAGCGGGCCUCCGUGCCUUUUGACUCCUCCUUGGGUUAUCUGCUAUCUCCCCUUCUGUGGCUCCCCUGCAUGGCCCCGGCUUGUUCACAUUGGGCUCCUGAAUGGGCAGCGUCCGGAGUCUGUGGCAGGUAGCUCGGGACAGGUAGGACCAACUCACACACGCUGGGUCUCUACCAUUUCUUUUUGUUCUGCAUGCCAGACGGUUGGGUGUAUGAUUGUGGGCUGGGCUGGCUGAGUCCUAGGAACAUAUGAUGCUGCCUUGUACAGAAUCAGAAUCUUGGUCCCUUCUAGCUCUAUAUUGCUUACACGGACUGGCAGCACCACUCUCCAGUGUUUCAGAUGGAGUUCUUCCCAGCCCUACUUGCAGAUGCCAGGGAUUGAACCGGGGACCUUCAGCUUGCGAAGCAGGUUUUCCUCAACCCUUCCCAAGCCUGCUUUGUUAUGACUGGCAUCCAUUAUUCUCCUGAUUUCUGUAUUUGGCAAUGCAUCAUCCUUUCCAUGGCCCUUUUCCUGGGCAAAUUCCACCUUGCAGAUCCCUGAUUUUCCCAACCUCUCCCAUUUGCUUUGUGCACUCUGAGGUUUAGGGACGGUUGAGGCAACGCCGCAGACAUGGCUGCAUCUUUUCGGGUUUUGGAUUGCCAAUGCAAUGCACUGCAAAGCAUAUCAGGUGGGUGUGGUCCAGAAAGCCAGAGAUAAAACGGGGAAAUAGCUCUCUGCUAGAGGGCAGCUUGGGUUGGCUGGAAUUCUCCCAAUGCAGACAUGUGUUAAGGAGAACGUUAGAAAGAGAAGAGAACCACAGUCCUUCCCUCAGCUCUUCUUUACAUGUUAACACAGUGUUGAUUUAUUAUAUAUAGCCACCACCUGGCUUGUAUGCUAUAUCCUGAGGUACAAAGAGGCUGGGAUGCUUUGAAAUGUUAAUUUCGCUUUUACCAAGUAAGGAUAUAAGGAAGCUGGGCAGGCUAUCUUUUUGGAUGUGCCUUACCUUUCUGUGACAACGCUGAUUUCCUGGUGCCUUUCUUGCCUCUGGAAAAUCAUGCUUCCUAGGUGUCUCUUUAAAAUUUCUCCUUUACAAUGAAUUCCCGCACGCUGGAGGCCUCGUUUUUUGAGGUUUCAGCCUGCUUGUUUAGGUUUCUGGGAAAUUAAAUGGGUAGGUAAGGGAGCAAAUUCAUGUGAACUCUUUAAUAUUCACAUAUGUAACUGCACAUGCAUUAACUCAAGGCAUGGGUGGCGAACCAGCUAUCUAUAUGUCGAUGGACUCCAGCUCUGAUCAGCUCCAGCCCCUGUGGCCAAGGGGGUCAGGGAUAAUGGGCUCUGGAGUCCAGCAACAUCUGGAGGGCCGCAGAUCCCAUAUCUCUGCCUGAAGGCAUCGUCAUCCCGCCUUGUACAGCGGGCCAUUUCACACUGCAGCUGGCGAGUUUCCUUUUGAAGUGGGGGCGUGCUGUGGCUUUGCAAUGUACACAUAGCCAAAAGGGAGUGCAGACAGUUCCUUUGUUGUUGUUGUUUUUUAAAAAAUGGUAUGACUAGACCAGGAUGUGGCUCAAUUGAAUCUUUCUUAGCUGUCCAAACACACAAUGGCAAGGCAGCAGUUUCCUACAGAGGCACACAGUGAAUUCUUGUAUUGCCUCUCUUUUGGUACUCGGUUCAUUUUGUUUGUUCGUUUCAGCCAUUUGUUUUAUGAUUCACACAUAGAAACCACAUAUUUCCUUACUUGCAUUUCUUUUUGCCAUUUCUUUCUUGUGCCUCUUUUUUUUUAACCCCUGCCUGCAGUGGCAGCAGCUAGGCUGAUCAGGGAGGCAGGAGGGUGCCUGAUUCUUGCAACCACUGCUGUAUUUACCCAGAAUCCCCUGUGCUAAGACAUUGGCACAGGGAGGGGGGAAUUGUGGCAGGUGGCAUGGGUAGGGGGAGACCACUUUUGAUGGACGGGGGGGGGAGAGACCACUUUAUUUACCUACAGUGCCUGGAAUGGCACAGAUGAUGAGAAGCCUCCCCCUUUGCUGCCAGAGCAGGUGAGCUCUCCUGCCUCCAACCGACGUGAAUGAAAGCAGUGAAAAGAAUAUCCAUUCAUUCCCCAAUGCAUUUGCUUCGGAACGAAUGAAAGACAGAAGCUGAUUAUCCCUAUUCAUUGAUUUCAAAUAUGCUUCCUCCCCCCCUCCAGUUUUCUUUUCAUAUCCCAGUACAUUCAGUUCCAUUCUGAUAUUAAAUAUAUUUUUAAAAUUAAUAAAGCUUUUAAGAACAGUUUGCUGACACACUGCUUCAAAAGCCACUGCGGGUCAGUCUUAACAUUGUGUGAUCUUUUCUAUAAUACAUAGUAUUUGUUAUUAGAAUUGUUCUUUGGGAAUUUGGGAGGGAAACACUAUUUUAUUUGUUACAGUUGGUGUACUCUUAUUUUAUUAUUUUUAUUAUUCCUCCAAGGAGCUCAAUGUGGCAUGCAUAAUUCUCCUCCCUUCAUUAAGCCCCACAACAGCCCUCCGAGGUAGGUUAGAUUAGGAGAUAGUGACUGGCCCAAGUUGACCCAGUGAGCUUCCUGGGUGAGGGCAGAUUUGAACCCUGGCCUCCCAGGUCUUAGUCUGCCACUCUUAACUGUUAUACCAUACUGUAUCUCUUAAUAUUUUACUAUAUAAGCCGGCUUGGAUGGAUUUUUAUUAGGAAAGGAAGCAUGCAGGUUUUUAGUUAUGUAGUAACAUUUAAAUAUUAGCUUUCCUCCAGGGACAUUAAAGCAGCCGCUUUGUCCCUCUCCCCAUUUUGUCCUCUAAGCAGCCCUGUGAGAUAGGUUAAUGAUUGGCCUCAAUUUCUCCCAGUGAACUUCAUGGCUGAGUGAAAAAAGCUCAGAAUGUGCUGUUGGGCAAAGGUUCUGAACUUCUUGAGAAUCGCGUGUUGUGUGUGUGUGUUUAAAGUGUGUGUGUUUCUAGUGUUCUACAACUGUGAAGAUUUGCAAAGCUUGGCGGGUGGGCUUCAGUCUCCUCCAGCAGGUCUCAAAACCCCCGUGACUCAAAAUCAAAAUAAAUAGUGCAAAAACAAGAGAAAUCAUGCAUAUUUUGCACUGAUGUUUCUCAACCCACAUCUCUUCCCUGACUACAAUGUUUGGUGGUGUUCUCUGCAUGUGCGAGAGGCGAACAUUGCAUGGGCACUCAGCCUUCUCCUGUCUUUUUGGCUCCUGGAGUCAUGGCCGUUAUUAAGUGUAAAAUUCUUUAAAACAGUCCCUAUGGUAAUUUUUUUUUUUUUACCUGAUAACAUGGGUGUAUGAAUUCCAUGGACUCUGCUAAUUUCAUCCAGUAGUUGUUUAAAAGUAGUGAUGUAAGAAGAAAGAGUUUUCCGUUCUGUCCUAUAUUCAUCACAUGCAGUCCUGUUCCUUUUCCAUUUCAUCUUCCACCAAAACCUGUGUUGUUCGUCUCACGGUCUGCUGUGGCAACAUUACAUUUAAUUACAGAAAUCACACUGCCAUUACGUUCUUCCAACUCAGUUUCAGUGCAAAGGGUUGGGGGGACAUGAUCAGUUAUGUGUCGUUUGUAGACUGAAAGCAACAACAACAACAGUGAAUGCCAAUCACAUUCACUGGAUUGAUUGCUGUUCUGUUCAUGGGGCAGAUGAAGAAAUGCUGGCGAGUUCCCUUCCCAUUUCCCAUUUUUGUUGGGAUUCCCCAAUCUCCCUAUAUAAAAUAUAAUUGGAAAACACUGGAAUGCAUGUUUAUUUACUGAACAAUUAUGACUCAUCUACACCAUGCAGGUUAUGAGACGUCAGAGCUGUGUUCUGGUUUGGGUUGACUAAUCAGCUGUUUCCCUCUUACAUGCCUGCUGCCAAAUAUUGUUGAUCUUCACUUUCUUCUUGCGUAUCUUCCUUUGGCCAAAGCCCGUUCCUUCCCCUCCACCCCCUCCACCAUUGCAUUCUGCUCCUGCUGCUUGGGUAUCCUAGAGAAAGACUUCGUGCUUCUCUCUACGCAAGCAGCCAUUGUGCCCCUUGGCACUGCCCCUUCUCCGCUGAUCCGUAUAAUAACCAAUGGCGCUUAAGGUCAGAGGAAGCAACGGGGAUGCCCUAACUCACAGGGUUGAGUUAUGUGCGGCUGCCCACAUUGAGAACGUCCAGGCUAAUCUUCCAGGAAGGUUUGCGGACUCCCCCUCCCUCCCGCUUCACCUCGGGAGGCCCCAGCAAGCAGCACUAAAGCCAAGGCAGGACUCGGCUGAUCUGUCCCAGGCCGUCUAUAAACAUAGCCUGCUUCCAUCUGUUGGGGUUGGAAGCUGCUCAUGAGGCAAGCCUUCCUGACGAUUGAUCACAUGCUGUUGGGUAGAGUCUUAAAAUAGAGAUCUGCAGCAGAAGGAGGACUGGGGCAGAGUGCAGGUGAGGAGAGAAACCAGUCCUGGGCUUUUGUAGCCUUAAUCUGUGAUAGAGGGAGUGUAUAACUUGAGCAUGCAUUCCCUAGAGAUGUUGAUGUUUGCCUGUGGAUUCAGAUUAGCAGGAGGCCUAGUUUUUGGGCUGUGCAGCACUGUUCUGACAGCAUUGCUCCCCAGUGGUGCAGUGGGUCGGUGCGUCUGGCUAUUAACCAGAAGGUUGGUGGUUCAAGCCCACCUAGGGAGAGCUGUGGGCAAGAUUCCUGCAUUGCGGGGGGUUGGGCUAUUUUGGUUCCUUCCAACGUCUACAAUUCGAUAAUACGAUACGAUAAAAUGAUAAUGUUUAUUGUCAUAGUCCCAUACAGAAUGACAAAAUUGAAAAAAAUCUAAAUCAGACAUUCAAAAACCAACAAGCCUGCUAUCCCAGCUAUCCCAGCCUGGUUAACCCCCUAAAAACUCUGAUACCCCAUAAUUAAAUACAAUGUACUCCCAUAGAGAAUACCUUACACUGCGUUUAAAACCAAAAUUGCAUUUGGAUAGAAACUGUUUCUCAGGCAGCUAGUCCUAGUCUUUCUGUGGUUCUAUUCCAUGAGUGGUCUGACCCAGGCGCUUGGCAUUGGGACCUGCACCCUUGUUCAACUUACUGCCAGUCCCCUUCCUGCUGACAACCCCCUUUUAAGGAAUGUUUGGGGCUUUUUGCUUUAGAGCAGUGGUUCCCAAAGUAGGUGCUGCUACCCUCUGGGGGGUUGCGGUGGAGUUACCUAGGGGGAGUGCUAAGAGGCAAGCGGGUGGCAGGGAGAAGGUAGAGAUGUAAAAGUCUUUCAGACUUCGAAAGGUUGGCAUCACGGGAUCAGGUUCACCCAUUUUGUUGAAUAGUCUUGAUUUGAUUUUGAAUAAACCUGCAAUUAAUUGCUGCUGUUUUGACACCUGUUGUGUUAUUAUCAUACUUAGUGGGCUGUGGAAGUUUUUAUUCUGAAUCAUGGUUUUUAUAGGGUAGGGUAAGGGGUACCAGGGAUGAGAUGAUGGAACCAAGGGGGCGGAAAGAGUUUGAGAACCAGUGGAUUAGAGAAAAGGCAAGUGAGAGAGGAAAUGAUACAGGUUUAUUAAAUGAUGCAGUGUGGAGAAAGUUCAUCUGGAGAGGUUGUUCUCCUUUUUUCAUAAUAAUAAUAAUAAUAAUAAUAAUAAUAAUAAUAAUAAUAAUUUAUUAUUUAUACCCCACCCAUCUAGCUGGGUUUCCCCAGCCACUCUGGGCAGUUUCCAACAAAAUAUUAAAAUACAGUGGUCUGUUAAACAUUAAAGGCUUCCCUAAACAGGGCUGCCUUCAGAUGUCUUCUAAAAGGCUGGUAGUUGUUCUUCUCUUUGACAUCUGGUGGGAGGGCGUUCCACAGGGCGGGUGCCACUACCGAGAAGGCCCUCUGCCUGGUUCCCAGUAACUUGGCUUCUCGCAGUGAGGCGCUGGACCUCAGUGUCCGGACAGACCAAUGGAGGUGGAGAUGCUCCUUCAGGUACACAUGUAAUCCUCGUUUUGCGUGGAAGUUCCAUCCUGGAGCCCUGCACGCAUUGGCAGAGUGCACAUAAGCCCGCUUUGCCCCUUUGUAUGACGUUUUUGUGAUGUUUGGGGGCUACUUCAGGGUUCGGCGCUGUGUGCAUGAUUGCUCAUCAUUCCGAUGCGCCUAAAUUGGGAGUUGCCUGGACUAGAACUCGGUAACAUUCAAUGAAACCAACCGUUGGAAAAAUUCGGAUUAUUUAAAGAAAUACAGUGGUACCUCGGGUUACAUACCAUACCAUUAUAAAUGCCUUCCUGGGAAGGAAAUUCUAUAAUUACAGUAUGAAAGCAAUGGAAUCUCAGUUGCAUUCCCUGCAAUAGGAAUAGCUUUCUUUCAAAGGAGUGCUAGUUGAAAUGCAAGACUAGGCACAAUAGAGUUAAAGCCCAAACAUAUCACUAGUUUUGUUUGUAUAUAUGAACACGUAAAUCGCUUCUGACAAGUGCUUUCUGACAAGUGUUUCCCCCCCUCCAGAUGUUUCAUGAAGAUGCUACAGGAGGAUGGCAGCUAGUAGAUGUUGAUGUGAAUAAGCGUUACAUACGCUUCAGGUUACAGAUCCGCUAACCCAGAAAUAGUACCUCGGGUUAAGAACUUUGCUUCAGGAUGAGAACAGAAAUUGUGUGGCAUCAGUGCAGCAGCAGCGGGAGGCCCCAUUAGCUAACGUGGUGCUUCAGGUUAAGAACAGUUUCAGGCUAAGAACGGACCUCCGGAACGAAUUAAGUACCUAACCCGAGGUACCACUGUACUGUAGCGUGAUGAAUUCGUGAACAGGAUUUGAACUACGAGCAACAGAAGGAAUCGGAGAUUGUCGUAUUGUUGUUACGGUAUAAGAGAGAGAAGAUAGGGUGCAGCAAGGGGGAGAAAUAAAGAACCCAAUGGAAAACGGGGUGAGAAGUUGACAAAAUGAAAGAAAAACUUAUUACGUAUUGGAAAUUUUUGUGCAUGUAGUUAGAACUAUGGAAUUCGUUCGCCAAGAGGUGCCAACCACCAACUUUUGAAAGGUGAUUAGACAAAUUCAUGAAGGAUAAGGCCUUCAAUGGCUACUAGCCAUGAUGGCUGUUUUUCACGACCUGCAUCAGAGGCAGUGUACCUCUGAAUUGCUUCGGCAGAGUUUUUGUUUAGAUACUUGCAUUGCAGAGGGUUACUUUGGAUUACAACUGUUUUGGAUUACAACCACGUCAAACCCAGAAGUGUGUGUCCCUUUUUUUGGAUCAUAACCCAUUUUUUGGGGGGAGGCCCCAUUGGCGAAAGUGCACCUUGGGUGACAACCUAUUAUGCUUUACAACCGGACCACCAGAACGGAUUAUGGUUGUAAACCAAGGUACCACUGUUUAGUGAUGGGUGGGAGGAGAAAUUUGAUUCAGUUUGCAUUAAAAGUUGGACCUACCUGCUUUGCAUUUUUCCAAAAUCCUUCAAAAUCUGUGCUUCUCCUAGUUUUGCAAUGCAGUUCUCCAGCAUAGACUAAGUGUGCAUAUAAAUUCAUGUAUAAGUGAAAGUAACAUACAAAAUAUUGGAGAAAGCUCUUUUUGGUGGAUGGGGGGGGCAAUGUGUAUAUUUGGAGAAAUUGCAAGAAAUGCAAAUGAAUUGCAAUGAGGCCAUUACCGUAUUCAUAUUUUAGUCUUUUGCAAACUGAAAUGGAAAAAUGUUGGAAAACUGAACUUAGGGCUGGAAAAACGAGGAACUCAAAUUGAUCUAUUUGCUCAUCCCAGAAACCUCUGCAGUGAUUUCUUGGGCAGUGGGUGGGUGUGGGUGGGUGUGAGUGCCCAUUGCCGCAGGGGAGAGAUGCCUGGUGGAGGAAGAGGAGAUUGACUCUUGCACCCUUCUUUCUCCUGCUGCUAAUGAGAGAUGGACUCAGCAUCUUGGGUCAGCAGUGAGCCCUCUGCUGGCCUCUCAACCUCAGAAAGCACCUAACUGUGCCAGUGUUAUAGUACUUAACAAUAUUCUUGUCAUCCUAUCAACCAAAUACCAAAUUGUUGUAAUAAUGGGGGUGGGUCUCUUUUCUGGUUGGAAUAGGGGGUGGGGUGGGAAAUAGGCAGGCAAAAAGUUGCAGUUUGUUAAUGGUGCUUAGAUAGUCUCUCGCAGAGCUACAAUUUCCAGCAUCCUUAACGGUUCCCAGGAUUAUUCUUUUGGUGGGGGGAGGAAUGGGGAGUCAUGACUAUUAAAGUGUUAUUAGAUUACUUUAAACAUUAUGAUCUGGAGGUGGCUUCCCCCAAAGAAUUCUCUCCAGUUUGUUAAAGACGUUGAGAGUUGUUAGGAGAUACCUAUUUCCUUCACAGAGCUACAGUUCUCAGAGUUCCCUGUGAAAAAAAGGAUCAGUGGGUAAACCAUUCUGGGAAUUGUAGCUCUGGGAGGGAGAACAGGGGUCUCCUAGCUCGUCUCAGCCCCAUAACGAAGUACAGCUUCCAGAAUUCUUUGGGAAGAGCUUGUGACUAUUUAAAGAGGCUCCCCUACUUUCCAGUGUUCUGACACACAGUGAUCCUUGGAUGAAGGGUGAUAUAGAAAUUUAAUAAAUAUAAAUUUCAAAAAUUGGAAAGGGAACUGGGGAGAUGCCAAGCACUCAAUGUAAAGGAAAUCUUGCUGGUCCAUGAGAAAAGGAAUAAUAAUAAUAGUAAGAGAUACAUCCAUGGAGGAUAAGGCUCCGCUGUUGGUGAGCCUUUGGCCUGGCCCAACAGUCUCUUUUUACGUUCUUCAGUACAUCCUGCACGGCAGAUCUUGAACUGGCAAAGCGGGUUGGAAUAGAUGACCCUCAAGAUCCCUUCCAAACAUAUGAUUCUAUGACAGUAGGUGUAUACCGCAAGGACAGCCGAGGUGAUACCUUCCAGAUGUUGUCAGAAUAAAGUUGAUCAACACUGAUCAUGGUCCAUGCUGUCUAGGACUGCUGUUAGCUGGAGAGAGCAGGAAAUAAGAACAACAACAACAGCAACAACUUAUACCCCGCCCGUCUGGCUGGGCCUCCCCAGCCACUCUGGGCGGCUCCCAACAGAAUAUUAAAAACACGAUAAAACAUCAAAUAAUAAAACUUCCCUAAAUAGGACUGCCUUCAGAUGUCUUCAAAAAGUUAGAUAGCUGAUUAUUUCCUUGACAUCUGAUGGGAAGGUGUUCCACAGGGUGGGAGCCACUACCGAGAAGGCCCUGGUUCCCUGUAACCUCUCAGUGAGAGAACAACCAGAAGGCCCUCGGCGCUGGACCUCAGUGUCCGGGCUGAAUGAUGGGGGUGGAGAUGCUCCUUCAGGUAUACUGGGCCGAGGCCAUUUAGAGCUUUAAAGGUCAGCACCAUUUGCUACCCCUGUGUAUAGGAUUGCAGUGUGCCGUCUCAGCGGUGUAAGCCCCACUGCACUGCUUUGUGAUCCUUGUUAUGACCCAGCUCCUGGAGACUUAGUGAGGAGAUUUUCACAUCUCUUUCUCUUUCCCUCUGCCAGCCAGCCAUGCCGUCAACAAAAAUCCAAUGUACCCGCCAUUCCCGGAAGGAAUGCAGAUGGCAAUAUUUGGUACGUGACUGGUUCUUGCUUCGUGGCCAGGUUUGAGUACAAUUUCUCUCCGCCCCCGUUGGGUUUCAGUACUGGCUGUCCUCAAAUCUUGCCCUAGAACAGAAAGUAAUGAAAUGAAUCCAGAAAUCAUUUGGCCCACCGAUGGACAGCUAUGAUUUCCCUGCAAAGAGAACUGUAGCUUACCCUCACAGUUGCAGUUCUUCACACCCAUAACCAGUGAUACUUGCCCCAGUUUCUUUGGGAGAAAGCUAUGACUUUUCAAAGGGGCAUAAGAGUCCUUUAAAUUUAUUGUGUAGGUGUGACCUGAGACAGCCAUGGUGUGUUUGCUGAAUGCAUGAAGCAUGCUCACUGGCCCUGCCCACUUCCUCUGCCCCUAGGUGUUGGCGCUAGUUUGAAAGGAGCCUUUUGUGUAUUGACACCCCCCCCAUCCCUGACAUUGAAUCUGCCAUGGUUGGGGCGGAGCCAAGAGACAUGGUCCCACCCCCUUCUGCAUAUUCAGUGAACACAUUGCCUGGGGCGGGGAAACAUCAGCACACACCCUUCAUAGCAGUGAUAAAAUGCUGAAACAAUUCAAAAAUCCAAGAAUUCUUUCUGUAGCCUAUUCAUAACGUUUGGGUUUUCUCCUACCUCUUUUUCUACCCAGGCAUGGGGUGUUUCUGGGGAGCGGAGAGAAUGUUCUGGAAGCUGCCGGGUGUCUUCUCCACCCAGGUGGGCUUCUCAGGAGGGUUUACCCCCAAUCCUACCUACAAGGAAGUCCGCAGUGGUGAGUGGUUUUUCUCCCCACCUCUCUUAGUCCUUGUGGAGGGUUUCGGUUAUGAUCUUCUUGCCUAGUUAACCUGCGAGGUAACAUCCCAACAUGCAGUUGCAAUCAAAAUUAUUAAACCCCCUUUGCAAAUCGGGUUUAGUAUCAAAAUUUACAGGCUUUCAGCUGUUUGCAAUGAACAAAUCAAACAAAAGCAAUUGAGGUCUGAGACUCUAAAGCAGGGCACUUUAAAUCUUGUGGCCCCCAGACAUUGUUGGACUCCCAUCAUCCCCAACCAACAUGGCCAAUGGAUGAUGGGAGUUGUUGUCCAGAUAUAGCUGCAGGGCCACAGGUUCCCCACUGCCAGGCAAGCCUUUCUGGGGAAGGCAUUGUGUAAGCAAGAUGCCGACAAAAAGGCUGUUUUCCUAGCAGCCACCCACCUCUCAUUCCAUUGGGCAAGGUAUCUAAGGAAGCUAAAACUAGCAUAUGUUUGCAUGUUUGACGUACUUAAUUCUGGUUCCGGAGCCCACGAGAAGUGGCAGGCUGCCCUUCCUCUGAGGUUUUUAAGCAGUGGUUGGAUGGCCAUCACUCACGUAUGAUCUAGUUCAGGCAUCCCCAACCUUCAGCCCUCCAGAUGUUUUGGACUACAGUUCCCAUCAUCCCCGACCACUGGUCCUGUUAGCUAGGGAUCAUGGGAGUGGUAGGCAAAAACAUCUGGAGGGCCGUAGGUUGGGGGUGCCUGUCCUAUUUGAUAUUCCUUCAUUGAACUUGGUGACCCUCUGGGUCCUUUCCAACCCUACAAUUCCAUGACGGAGAUCGUUUUUAAGAUGGAGCCCCAUCUCCUGCCGAUUGGAAAACCAGUCGCCUGGACACUUCUGCAUUCCAGAGGUCAACCAGGCAAGAAUACCAGUCUGCUAAGAACAGGCAUAGGACUCAAAAGUAGAGGUGGGGCCCAUAAUAAUAAUAAUUAUUAUUAUUAUUGUGGGGCUGGUUUCCCCAGCCACUCUGGACGGCUUCCAACAAAACACUAAAAUACAAUAACAUAUUAAGCAUUAAAAGCUUCCCUAAACAGGGCUGCCUUCAGAUGUCUUCUAAAAGUUUCUCUUUGACAUCUGGUGGGAGGGUGUUCCACAGGGUGGGCGCCACUACCGAGAAGGCCCUCUGCCUGGUUCCCUGUAACUUGGCUUCUCACAGCAAGGGAGCCGCCAGAAGGCCCUCGGCGCUGGACCUCAGUGUCCGGGCUGAACGAUGGGGGUGGAGACGCUCCUCUAGGUAUACUGGACUGAAGCUGUUUAGGGCUUUAAAGGUCAGCACCAACACUUUGAAUUGUGCUCGGAAACGUACUGGGAGCCAGUGUAGGUCUUUCAAGACCGGUGUUAUAUGGUCUCGGUGGCCGCCCCCAGUCACCAGUCUAGCUGCCGCAUUCUGGAUUAGUUGUAGUUUCCAGGUCACCACAUAGAGCACAUUGUAGUAGUCCAAGCGAGAGAUAACUAGAGCAUGCACCACUCUGGUGAGACAGUCUGCGGGCAGGUAGGGUCUCAGCCUGCGUACCAGAUGGAGCUGAUAAACAGCUGCCCUGGGAUUCUCAACUUCCAUCAGCUCCAAGUUAGCACAGCCAAUGGCCAGGGUUGAUGGGAGCUGUGGUUCAACAACAUCUGGAAGGCCAGGUUUUGCCCCACCUCUGCUCUAACAAAGAGGUAGCCCUCUGGACAUUCUUGGAUGACAACUUCUAUCAUGCCUGACUGUUGGUCCUGAUGGGAAACUAGGAAUGUCAGGAGUGCACCGCAUUGGCUAGCCCUGCUGGAGAGAAGAAGCAGUUGAGGUGCCCCUCUUCCGAAACAUUAGCAUCAACUCAUGUGUUUGGCUUGGUAAAGGGAGGUCGCCUUGGCCUUAUUUGGGCCUCCCCAUCAGAAUCUGGAGCAGCUGCGGAAGGGUGUGAGGGCCCCCUGUUGUUAAUGAGAGAUAGCACUACCCUUUUAGUAAUAUCAGUGCAGGAUGUGGCUGCCCCAUUUUCCCCUCGGCACGCCAAUGCAUUUAUUGGUGAAGUUAAUCCCCCUCCCCCGCAACAUCCCCAACCUGGAUCAAUCAGAACAGACGGUUUUGCAGCUUAUCUGUGAAAACAUUUUGAGUGCUGGUACAGGGGAUUAUCUGUCUGCAAGAAAUAUUAUCCACGUCUGUUGUCUACAUUCUGGGUAUUAACACAAUGCAGCUGGGAAAAGGAGGGGCUGUAAUUAUUUUAUUUAUGGGAAAGUAUUUCUAGGCUGCCAUAUUAUAAACUUUCAGGGCGCGGUGUACUAUGAAAAAAACAUGGUUUAAAACAAUACAAAUAACCAUUAAAGGGACUGGCUAAUUAAACGGAUGAAAAGGCCUAUUGACAUAAUAAUAAUUAAUAAUAGUUUUAUUAAUUUGUACCCUGCCCACCUGGCUGGGUUUACCCAGCCACUGUGGGUGGUUUCCAGCAAAAUAUAAAAAAGAAUUUUAUGUCAGACCUUAAAAACUUCCCUGAAUGGGGCAGCCUUCAGAUGUUUUCUAAAAGUUGUGUAAUUCUUCUAUCUCCUUUUUUAAAAAAUGCUUUUUAAAAAUGCCUGAAAGUCCAGAGGGAAUAUAGGUGCUGAAUCUCUGCUAAAGUUGGCUCCCACAGCAAAGGGUGGAUCACACUAAAUCCCCAAACUUUCAGCUGAGGCCAUUUUGGUUUCUGUAACAUGGACAUCAGCUUACAGCGCUCCUCCGGAUGAUCUCAGUGAUCGAGCUGGAAUAUAAUGGCUCAGGUUUUUCUUAAGGAUCUCUCUCUCUCUCUCUCUCUCUCUCUCUCACACACACACACACACACACACACACACUUACCCCCCCCUUGGGAAGAAGUCAUCUGAAGAGAUUACAGUGGGUCAUGCAGGACUUGGAGUGAAUGCCUGACUGACAAAAUUUUCAUGUAAACCAACGAUAAAUAUUUGUUGGAUUUUGAAUAGCGUUCUGCCCACAGCUACUGCUGUCUGGUUGGCAGCCAUUUUUGUACAAAUGUAAUUUAAUUCUUUCUCUCCAGUUCCGACCAUAGUAAAGGUAAAGGUACCCCUGCCCGUACGGGCCAGUCUUGACAGACUCUAGGGUUGUGCGCUCAUCUCACUCUAGAGGCCGGGAGCCAGUGCUGUCCGCAGACACUUCCGGGUCACGUGGCCAGUGUGACAAGCUGCAUCUUUUUUACUAACAUUUUUGUUUUAUUUUUAUUUAACUUAAAGAACGAGAGGAUUAGACAAAUGGAGGAUGAGGCUCUCUGUGGCUUCUACACACAAUGACUGUGUUUUACCUCCCCUGGCAGAAGGAUGAAUCGGAAUCCCAGUCACUUGGUGUCAGAAGUGGGGAGGGAGCUGCUGCCCUCAGGUCCUGCUUGCUGCAUCCCCAUCAGCAUCUAGUUGGUCACUGUGAGAACAGGAUGCUGGUCUAGAGCUGGGCUGAUCCAGCAGGGCUGUCCUCAUCUCUUGCCCUCCUAAUGAAACGGUAGUCUUGUUUGCAAUUGCUGUGCUUGGCUAUUUGGGGUAGCAGCUCUUUUGCCCGGCCUUGCUGAACACACCCUUCUCCUUCUCUCUCACUGGUUGGCUGGCUGCAGAUAAAAGAAGGCAACAGACUCUUAUCUCUUCAUCCCCCCCCCCCCCAUACAUACAUACUGUGUUGGGCUGCGAAUGUAGCAGAGAUGCAUCUAAUUAUAACCUGUCUCUGAGCUUAACCCUUCCCUAACUGGUCUGAGAUGAUGCAUCUCCAGAUAGAGAGAGAGAGAAGAGUGUCCUGCUCUUGCUUUUCAAAUUUAAGUCUGUAUCUGCUCCCUGGGUGCCAUCUGGGAGGAAAAGAGACUAGGUGAUCCUUUGGCAUCUCUGGGGAGGAGAAGCGAGGCCUGAUCUUAAGUAAUACUGGUGCAGAUGUUAAAAUCCCCAGCUCAGGAUUAAAUGUCUUAUUUUUGGUUAGGACUCAGAUAUGGGGAACCUGUGGCUGCCCCCUGGAUGUUGCUGGAAAACAACUCCCACCAUUCCUGACACCACGCUAGCUGAGGCGGAUAGGAGUUGAGUAACAGGACAGAGGGGCACCAGUUUCCUAUCCCUGGGCUGGAAGCUGCCAUAUUUUGAAGAGCAAAAAAGAGGAAACAUUUGCCGACUUCUCCUGUUAACUAUGGUCUCUGCAACGACUCCACCCCUGAAAAAGAGGACUGUAUUGUGUUAAGUGAGUAGGGAAGGAGGUUCAGUUGCCUUGCAGGAAACCACUUGGUGUUAGCACCCUACAGAGCUUUCUUAUCUAAAGGGGUCAGUCGGCAUCAUUUCCCUUGCCCAUAUGUACAGUCAGUGUCAGUGUCAAGAGGCGGCUUCGUUGGGCAACUGCUGAAGCCCACCCACACCCCUAUAGGAGUCCUGCUGUUUCCACCCAGGGCCUCACAGACCUGCUCUUCCACCUUGCUUUUGCUACCUGGCUUAUUACAGAAUGCACCCUAUGCACAAACCAGAUGAUCUCGUCACCCCAAGCAGGGCUGGCAUCAUGAGCUGGCACCUGGCAAGCCCCUCUCUAGUAGCAGGGCUGUCUCAGCUUAGCCCCCUACGCCCUGUCUUCAUUGCCUCUGCUCCACAUUCCUGUUCGACUGCCCUCUCCUGGUGCACAAGCAACGACAAGAGCAGCAAGCAGCCUCUGCUUGCUUUGACCUCUCCACCUGGAUAGACUGGGCCUUGGAGGGUGAAUUGGCAGUGAUAACAAAUGAAUGGGCAGGUGAGGACAGGAGCAAUAGUACUGGAAUACUAGAGUAGAGAGGGCCUGUUCUAGAAUCUGGGUUUGGCCUGGUUCUUUAUUACCACUGCUAAAUGGUCAGGGCAUAACCUAGGGUUUAUUUUAACCCUUGCGCCCCCAGUGCAGCGCACCUUCUCCUUCAUCCUUUACCUACAGGUAGUUUUGCAGCAAAGCUCAAUCAGCACACCCAGGCAGGCAAAGUUGGCUUAACUGUGGCUGUGCUUCAGAUCAUAGUGGUGACAUCAGCUCCCCCCGCCCCACCCCACCCUGCCCCGGGCUUGUGCCUAUCCAUGCUCCUUCUGCUUUUGCCUUUCAAGGCUGUUGGAGGAAAAGUUUUGCCAAACAGUGUAGGGAUUCUGGCGUGCAGCUAUGCAGUGCCUCCUUGGGUGCAGCAGAGGGCAAGAGAUGCACGGCCAUGCGCAUCGGCACGCUGCACCAGCUUCGAGAUGCAGGCCUAUUUUGAGGCUGCAGCUGCAAAUCUCUCUCUGCCGCAGGGGAGUGUGAUUCUCAACACACACACACUUUUUUGUGUGUGUGCUGGAGGGAGGAGUGUUGCUUUGCUAGCGUGGCUGCUCCCCGAGCCACACAACUCCUUGCUCUGCCUGCAGACCUUGACCUGCCAAGCAGAAGACGACGGGGAGCAGGGGUGGGGGUGGGAAGGCUUUGCCCUUCCCUUUUGCUUGUGGUCCCCACCUUAAUGCAUCCUGGGCGAAAGAGCCUGUGGCUGUUCCCCAUCUGCUCCUCCCCAUCCGCCUGUAUAUAGGGCAGCUCUCAGCAGGCGCUAGUGGCUCGCUCGGCUGCCUCACUCAUCACAUUGCACGGCAGCCCCUCCUUUUCCUCUUAAUUACCGUGUGAGGGGCAGCAGGUUUGCUUGAGCAAAAUUAACUGGAAACUGCUCAAGGGAAAUGGCCUCCCCAGAAGCAUCUCCAGCCCUGUUGGGGUGGGGGAGGUGUUGCGGUAGUGAGCAGGCUCUCCCCCAUCCCCAUCCCGACUUUUCAGCUACUACCAAUAGGGAAGGAGGCUCUGGGUUAACCCUUGCAGUGUUGCUUGCCUUGGUUCUAUCUUCCCUAAUCCACCCGCAUGCAUAAAAUUCUGCUCAGUGCUGUUAAGGCGGAUGCAGGAUUUGUUUUGCUUGGAGGGGGGGGUUCAGCCAUCAGUUGGCCAACUGUUUGUUUCGGAGUUUGGAGAAUACCUGGGUGGCAUGCAGAAAUGCGAUGCUAAACAUAAUGCAGAUCAUAGAACAGUUUGGUGAGGCUUACUCUGCAUAAUGCAGAUGCGGUCCUAUACGCAGGCAUAGCGGGAGAAGAAGGAGGGCCUGCUGGAUCAGGCCAGUGGCCCAUCUAGUCCAGCAUCCUAUUCACACAGUGGCCAGUCAGGUGCCUGUGGGAAGCCUGCAAGCUAGACCUGAGCACAAUGGCCAUAUUGCCUUCGCUGGUCUGGAUCUUGCGUAGCGCUAAGCCAAACUAUGCUGCUGCCAUUCUGUUGAGAGCUAAGCUGUGGUUUGGCUUAGUGUCAUGCCCGAACCCAGGCUCCUGGUUUGUCUUGCUCCAAAUGCAUCACAAGCUGUAACCGAGACUUGUCCUUGGCUUGCUUCUCAUGGUUUGUUUUCGGGAGACCAACCAUGAGCCUAAGUUCCGAUAUGAAGCUAAGCCAAACCAUGGGAUAGCUGUCGGUAUCAAUGGUGGCAGCUGGACCAAGGGAAGAGCAAAGCGACUAUCUUCUAAAUGUGCAUGCUUGCAUGUUCAUGCUUCUUGGUGCUGAUCCCAGCCGCCUUGCUGUAAGCUCUGGUCAGCCACUAGGGGCAGAUAUCAGGUAUUUUGGCCCACAGGCCAGACUUCCCAACUUGGAAUUCUGUAGCGCAGCUGAUCCCUGCCCAAAACAGGCUAGUUGUAAGCACCAAUCAGCUGAUGGGCACUACAGCAAUCCCUCCUGGGAACAGCGCUUACAACAAGCCACUGUGCUAAUCCAAAGGAGCAAGGGAAAUUUCAGGCUUACGGAAUAACAAUCUAUUCCUCCACCUUCUUUGUUCCCAGGGAUGACAGGACAUGCGGAAGUGGUCAGAGUUGUGUUUGACCCACAGAUCAUCAGCUACGAGGACCUUCUCAAGUUUUUCUGGGAGAACCACGAUCCAACCCAAGGUAACGUCUCAUGUCGGAGGAAAGGGAAUGACGAGAGCUCUAACUGGCCUAGAUAGAGCAACUUUCCCCAACUCAAUGCCAGAAUUAAGUACCAUGAACAACAUCAGCUUGCAACAAUUUCCAGCAGGAACCUUUCUCAGCCCGACCUGGACAUCCCUGGGAUUGAACCUGGAGCCUUUUAUGGGCAAAGCCUGUGCUCUUGUCACAGAGGUACAGACUUUCCAUUUCUAGAUCUGCAAGAAUCUCAGUGGUCUGUAGUUAUUUGCUGUCCCAGCACCAUGAAGGGGGAAACUGGGACAGUAAUCUAGUAAUGCUGGAGGGAACCUGUGGCCCUCCAGAAGUUGCUAGGCUACAAUUCCCAUCAUCCGUGACCAAUGGUUGUGCUAAGUAAGCCAUUUUUCUAAGUAGGGUGCCACCACAGAGCAGGCCCCGUCACUGGUUGCCACUCGCCUAACCUCGGGGUGGGGGCAGCCAAAGCAGGGACUUAAGGAAUAGUCGGCUUCAUGUGGGAGAGGGCUGAUCUUUCAGCUAUACCUUGCUUGUAAGCCACAUAGAGCAUUGUGCCUAGAAUGGCAUGGAAGCUGAUGAAGAUGUCCUAACCCUGGCUUAAGGGGGAGAGACCAUGGUUUAGUAGUAGAGCACACCCAUUGUCCCUGGUUUGACCCUUGACAUCUCCACUUAGAAGAAUCAGGUGAUGUGAAAGACCUCUACCUGAGACAAAGGAGGGAUGGAGCAAUCUAUUCCUGACAUAUGUCAAUCCUGCAUGUGUUAAGUCAUAAGUCUGUUCUGCUCCACUCAUCUGUGAUUUCCUCCCCCUCUAAAAGAAGACCUGCAUGGAUAUUCCCACUUAAAUUUUCAUUUUAAGUAGUAUUUACGUGUUUUAUUAUCAAAAAGCAUCUUUAAAUGUGUAUCCUUAUGUAUUGCGCCGCUUUGUUUCACCCUAAGAUCACACAUUUUAAAAUGCAUUUUGCUAUGUGUGGGCUUUUUUCCUUUUUGAAUGGAGAACUCUCAUUCCAGAAUUCGGGAGAUGCGACGGAUAGUUGCAUCAUGGUUUGCUCAUUUGUCUGGGUAGGAGCAGAACAGGUGCACGAGGGUUCUAUAGCACUCGUAGAUUCCUCAAGCAUCCUUACCUGAGACCCUGGAGAGAAGCUGUCUGUCAAACCAGACACUAGUUGGGUUAGAACUACAAACGAUUUGACCCGGUCUAUGGCAACUCCCUGAGUUCCUCAGCUUUCUUGGCUCUUGCUAGCAGGAGGACACGUGAUGCGGCAAAGCUUGCAGAUACUGUGCGGGUCUGGAUCUGGGCAGAGUCUGGUUGGGCACUGCCUGGGAACUCCACCUCUGUCCCCUUGAGUCAGGCUAUCGAUGCUAGAUCCUCGGGAAACGCUGGGCAGAGCCACAGAACAGCACACAGCAAUUUGCCCAGGUAACUUCAUGCAGAGGACAUGCAAAGCUCUUCACCCUGGAAGGUUUUGCUAAUGCCUCUUCUAAGGGGCUGCUGUGUUUUGUUCACAAGCCUAUAACGAAGCUUGUCGGGCUGCCUCCAUUUUCAACCCUCUGCUUUUAAGGUAGUUGUCUCUUUAAGUGCCUUCCAGUCUCCCCCCCCCCAAACACAGGGGUGGGGUGGGGAAUGGUGAGGAUGUUGAAGGGAGGGGGGCCAUGGAAGGAGAAGGGAGAUCAGUUGCAAAGAAGAGGGCAAUGGGGACUUUUAAUGUUCUCUCUCUCUCCCUCCCUCCCUCCCUCUGUGUGUGUUUAAUAACCGGGAGGUGUGGGGGGGAGGCCUGUUUGAAACCCGCCUCACGUCAACACUGAGUGACAGCAAGGCAUAGGGGGAAGGGUUAGAGGCUUGGGGAAGGCUGAGCCUUUUUUUUUUUUUUUUUUGUAAUGAAGUGUAAUUUUAAUGAGGAGAUUAGCAUUCUCUCUGUGUCACCGGCAGGGCACUCCUCUGGGUUCGUAAUUGCGUGUGGGUGCUUUAAUGAGUUGCGUCUGCGUCGAUGGCUUUAUUUAUUUUUAAAAAACCAUUUAUAUCCCGCUCUUCCUCCCCAAGGAGAUCAGUGCGGGGUGUGCGUGUGUGCGCACACAGACACAUACAUGCAUUAAUAUGUAUACACCAUAUAUAUGGUGCUUUUUCGUUGUUGUUACAGUAAGUGCCACACUUUUAACAUUUUUUUGGGGGGGGUGCUGGUACUACAUACCUUUGAGUACCCCCAACAAUAUGAUGAUACGAGCAUAUGACAUGACAAAGCUCACAGCUUAUUACGGGGGCAGACAGCUUUGAACUCAGACAGAGCCACUGUUGGACUUUGCAAGUUUGGAGAAGGUUACUCCCCACCCCCGCAUCUCAUAAUGGUCCCUUGUGACACCUGUCCACCACCUAACCACUAGGCAGCGCUGCCUCCAGCUUUGCUGAUUCACCAGGGAACUUAGGAAGCUGCCUUAUACGGAGUUAGAUCAUUGGUCCUUCCAGCUCAGUAUUGACUACACUGGUGUUUUUUCAAUCUCGGAGUCCCCAGUGUGGGUAGACUACAGUUCCCAUCAUCCUUUAUUUACCAUUGCACUAAGCAGACUGUGGAUGAUGGGAAUUGUAGUCUACCCACAUCUAGGGACCCAAGGUUAGAAUUGUAGCAUUGUAGAGUUGGAAGGGACCCUGAGGGCAUUUAAUUCAACCCCUUGCAAACAUAGGAAUCUCAACUAAGGUUGCAGAACACUGCUCUACACUGAGAGGCAGCAGCUCUCCAGGGCUUCCAUGUUUAUCUGUGAUUCUCACAAAGCCUCCAUUUAAACACAUAUUUUUGAAUGUAUUUUAUGUCACAUUUUGAAGUCAUUUUGCUAUUUCUUUUGAGUCAAGAAUUGCAUUGCAAAAUUCAGAGCAGUAUGAAAUUCCCACUUGCCCGAAAAAGCUACAUUCUGAUCCACACAUUAGUUUAGGAAGUGCAAAUGAGGUCACUUUUUUUGUGCUGUAUCAGGAUUUGCAAAAAAUGAAUUCUUCAAGCAGCCGUCGGCAUAAGAAUGACUGAUGUGUCCCUUAAGACAUGCCUUAAUAAAUCCUUGGCCAUGAGGCCUAGGAUGCUGUUGAUGCUCAUUUAAAACUAAAACAAGUAAAAACAUUCAAAUACAUCUGUAACCCAUCAUCAUAAUUCAGCAAAAAAAAAUCUUCUCCUUGAAAAACUGCAUCAGAUUAGCUGACCCAAUUAAAAUACCGGCUGAUUUUUAAAAAAAUGUUAGCAAUUAAAACAGGAAGAAAAAACUGCUUAAAAGUCUGGAAGGAAAGAAAUGGCUUUGCUUGGUGCCAAAAAGAAUUGCAAAGUGGGUGCCCAGAGAUCCUCUUUAAGGAGAGCAUUCCACAAGCACGGGGCUACUACUGGAAAGACUCCUCUGCUUUUGCCACCCUCCAGAUCUCAGCAUGAACGGUACCUGGAGGAUAGUUUCAAUGAGGAGUCCAGGCUCCCUCGAUAUUCCACAGCCCGGCAGGCCCUCUUAUAGCAGCAGCGGGCUCCGGUGGGCCUUUUGGAGGCUGCGACAGGCCCCUUCAGUCCUCGUCCCGCCAUGUGUCUCACACACAUGCUGUGUCCCCACCACCAGCAGCCUUGGGCGCUACCCAGGAUGCCUGGUGUCCAAUAAUGACCUUAGGGCCUGGAUAGCUUAUAUGGAGAGAAUCUCUCCAUUGGCUAUUGGGCCCUCAUGCUGUGUUAAGACAGCACCUUGAAUUUGGCCUGGAAAUGUAAUGGCAACCAGUGAAAUCAAAGGCAGGCACAAUAUGUUCCUUUUGCCUAAUCCCUGUGGGUUUACCUUGCUUGCCUAGGCAGAUUUGUGCAGUAGCAUCCUGGAAACGGCGACGCUGGUCCAUGCAAACUGCCAGCUGAUGGCUCCUUCCUCAUGGAAGCUGUUUUGUAGGAGCGAGCCCAGCUCCUUAGUCCAGAGCUAUAAGCACAAGCCAAGAAUACCAUUGUUACAUAAUAAGAGCUGUGCUGGCUCAAGCCAAAGGCCAGUCCUGCUCAGCAGCGUCUUCUCACAGUGUCCAACCAGAUGCCUGCAGGAAGCCUGCGAGCAUCAGCAACUCCCCCCCCCCACCUCUGGUAUCUGGUGAUCUCCUCUGCCAGUGGAAGUAAAACAGAACCAUUGAGGCUAAUAGACAUCAAUAGCCUUGCCUUCCAUGGAUUCGUCUAAUCGUCCUUUAAAGCCACUCAAGAUUGAGGUCAUCACUGUGUCUUGGGAGAGCGAAUUCCAUAAUUUAACUCUGUGCCUUGUGACAAAGUAUUUUCUUUUAUCUGUCCUGGAUCCUCAAAACACAUUCAGCUUUGUUGGUUGCCCCUAAAUUCUGGUGUUAUAAGAAUUAUCCUCAUCGUGCCUCAAUUUGUUCAUCUUUUGCACGUUCCUUCCUACUUGCCUUUUCUCUCUCAACUAAAAAGACCCCAGUGUUGCAACCUCUCAAGUCACAUCAAUUUUUCGAUCAUUUUGGUUGCUCUUUCCUGAACCUUUUCUAGCUCUACAAUAUCCCUUUUUUAAAAAAAAACAGCAACAACAACUUUUGUUUAGAACUAUGUAUGGGUAGAAAAACAUAUCCUAAUUGUAUAUAUUCUUACUAGAGCAAGAAUAGCGUUUGCAAAACUUGGAGAAGGAAUUUGAGCCCCAACAGCAUUGGGAUCAAACUUGAAAUCGUUAAAUUGCCUAUGUGUGUGUGUGUGUGUGUGUGUGUGUGAAAUUAUAGAUUAAAUUGGCUCAGCAGGGACUCAGUAAAUCAGUUUAUAAGGCUAAAUUUGGCUUUAAAAGAAGAAUUAUAUGAUAUUGUGAUAACGGGAAAGGUUGGGGUGUUAAAUUUUUUAGUUAAAAUCUAUGAAAAAGAAGAAUGAUACUGUGUAAAUAGUUGCCAAGUAGUGAUUUUUGUCAUACGAUAAUAUUUUUUUAAAUCCGCUUUUUCCCUACCAUGAGCAAUUUUACAGACCAUUGCCAUGUCCUUAAGGAGGAGUACCAUGAAGAGGAGUUCAGGGGAUUAAAAAACAAUAAUAAUUUUACAAGUUGUGUGUCUUUGCUUCUCAAUUUGUAUUGUGUUAUUUUAUGCACUGUGACUUGCUGCUAUUUUUAUUGCUUAUAGUCUAGAAGUUAUUUAUUGUAACUGUGAAGAGUGAAUUUCUGUUUAGCUAUUUUUGGGGGGAGGGCUGAUAUUUAAUUUUACUGUGCACUCUUAUAUCCUAAUGGAUUAUUGAAUAUUACUCAUAUCAAAUAAAGCAAUAUGAGUUGUUUAUUUUAAACCUAUGUUUUUAUUAUGACGUUUCUGCAUUGGAUCGGAGGUGUGCAAUCUUUGUUGCUUCUUCAGCUUGUAAAACCGCCUCACACACAGUAAUACAGAAAGGCGGUGUACAAAUUACAAGUGAAAUGGAAGUGAGAUGAAAUGUCCUCCUUUAUUGGCCUGCUGUGUCCAGAUAGGCCAGGCUUAGGCAAACUCUGCCUUCCAGAUGUUUUGGGACUCCAACUCUCAUCAUCCCUGACCACUGGUCCUGUUAGCUAGGGAUGAUGAGAGCUGUAGCCCCAAUACAUCUGGAGUGCCGAGUUUGCCUAUGCCUGAGAUAGGCAAGAGCUGUAACUCAGUGUUAGAGAGCAUCCGCUUUACAUGGAUAACGUCGCAGGUUCAAUUCCCAGCAUCUCCACGUAGGCCUGGGGAUGUCCUCUGCCUGAAAGCUGCUGCCUCUCCAUGUAGACAGUACAGUGGUACCUCGGGUUACAUACGCUUCAGGUUACAGACUCCGCUAACCCAGAAAUAUUGCCUUGGGUUAAGAACUUUGCUUCAGGAUGAGAACAGAAAUCGUGCUCUGGCAGCGCGGUGGCAGUGGGAGGCCGCAUUAGCUAAAGUGGUGCUUCAGGUUAAGAACAGUUUCAGGUUAAGAACAGACCUCCAGAACAAAUUAAGUUCUUUUUUUUUUUAUAAGAUAUUUAUUAAGAUUUUCAAAAUGUUACAAAACAAAAACAAAAGAAGAAAAAAGUACAAAAUAAAAAUGGCUAAAAACAACUCAAUCUUUCCAUUACUUAUUUUUCAUUAGCUUAUUUCCCGGACCUCCUCACGCCUCCCUUUUUUGUAUUCCAGUUCAGUUUGUUGGUUCAGCAAAUCCUUACCCUCUUUGUUUAUCCUAGUCUUUAAACUUAAAAUAUUGUAACGUUAAUUUUUUACCUAUUAAUAAUCCAUUUUUCAUAUUCCCUUAUAGUAUUACAGCUGAAAACCACUUAAUUUCUAUCCAACAUCUUUCUAACAUUCAUUAAUUUUACAAUAUUUCUGUAGAUAGUCCUUAAAUUUCUUCCAAUCUUCUUCCACUGACUCUUCUCCCUGGUCUCGGAUUCUGCCAGUCAUUUCCGCCAGUUCCAUAUAGUCCAUCACCUUCAUCUGCCAUUCUUCCAGAGUGGGUAGAUCUUGUGUCUUCCAAUACUUUGCAAUGAGUAUUCUUGCUGCUGUUGUGGCAUACAUAAAAAGUUCUAUCCUUCUUUGGCACCAAUUGGCCGACUAUGCCUAGGAGAAAGGCCUCUGGUUUCUUCAAGAAGGUAUAUUUAAAUACCUUUUUCAAUUCAUUAUAUAUCAUCUCCCAGAAAGCCUUAAUCCUUGGGCACGUCCACCAAAGGUGAAAGAAUGUACCUUCAGUUUCUUUACAUUUCCAACAUUUGUUAUCGGGCAAAUGAUAAAUUUUUGCAAGCUUGACUGGGGUCAUGUACCACCUGUAUAUCAUUUUCAUAAUAUUCUCUCUUAAGGCAUUACAUGCCGUAAACUUCAUACCUGUGGUCCAUAAUUGUUCCCAGUCAGCCAUCAUUAUGUUAUGUCCAACAUCUUGUGCCCAUUUGAUCAUAGCAGAUUUCACCGUUUCAUCCUGAGUAUUCCAUUUCAACAGCAAGUUAUACAUUUUUGACAAAAUCUUAGUUUUGGGUUCUAACAGUUCUGUUUCUAAUUUUGAUUUUUCCACCUGGAAACCAAUUUUCUUGUCCAAAUUAUAUGCCUCCAUUAUCUGAUAAUAAUGAAGCCAGUCUCGCACUUUGUUUUUUAAUUUCUCAAAACUCUGCAAUUUCAGUCUAUCUCCAUCUUGUUCCAGAAUUUCCCAAUAUUUCGGCCAUUUGGCCUCCAUAUUGAGCUUUUUCAGAGCUUUCGCUUCCAUCGGUGACAGCCACCUUGGGGUUUUAUUUUCCAAUAAGUCCUUAUAUCUUAUCCAAACAUUAAACAAUGCUUUCCUGACAAUAUGGUUUUUAAAUGCCUUAUGUGCUUUGACCUUAUCAUACCACAGAUAUGCAUGCCAUCCAAAUACAUUGUUAAAACCUUCUAGGUCCAAAAUGUCAGUGUUUUCAAGAACAAAUUAAGUUCUUAACCUGAGGUACGACUGUACUGAGAUGGACAGAGCAAUAGCAGCAUCCUUGUUCCAUCACACCACAAGAGUCUCUGCCCCAUCUCUGGUAACAUUGACGUCUCCUGUGUGGUGCUCCCUCCAAGCACUGCUUUCUCCCUGGGCUCAAUUCUCUGUGUUCCAGAUGAGGGAUUCGUAAUAUAUUCACAUUACGCAGACACAGGAUGGGCUGGGCUGACAAGUCACACAGCGGGCACAGUGGAUUUGUUGUGCCUAGGUGAUUAACAGCCUUUCCCAUGAGGGGAAUAGCAAUCGUUUGCUCAUGGCUGGGAGGCAGAGGGGGCAGGGGGAAAGUGCGUCAGUAUGAAUACAUGGGGGCAGGCCAGGGUUUGGUGAGGACGGUCAGCCGGGGGAAGAGCACAACUCAAUGGGAGAGUAUGCCUUUGGUUGGCUGAAGGUUUCAGGUUGAAGAGGAACAGUAGGCCAGCCUUCUCUAACCUGGCAUCCUCCAGAAGUGGUUGGACUCCAACUCCCAUCAUUCCUUACCAGUUGUACUAGGGCUGAUGAGACCUGGAGUUCCACAACAUCUGGAGGACAUCUGGGUAGAGAAGGCUGCUGCAGAGAAUCCUGGGCUAGAUGAACCAAUAAUCUCAUCCCACCAUCCCUGACAAGUGACCAUUCUGACUGUGGCUGAUGGGAGGGUGCCGCAGUGGCUGCCCCGGCUUAUACCCGCAGAUUCAAUAGUUGGCGGAAAGUCCAGAACUCCAGUUUUUACCAGUUGCUGCUGAACAAGGGUGGCUGCCUUGCAAGUCUGCUUCUUUUAACAACCGCUAUCUUUCCAGGCAUGAAGCAAUACGAAGACGUCGGCACCCAGUAUCGUUCAGCCAUCUAUCCCAUUGGAGCUGAGCAGCUGGAAUCUGCCCUCAGAUCCAAGGAGAUGUAUGAGCAGGUAUGGGAGAUAUGGGCAUUUGGAUGGGGGAAGGUUGGAGGGUAAGGACACCUUAAGUUGCCUUGUGUGAUCGGUCCGUUUCGCCCCCAUGUUAGCACUCUAAGGUCUGAGACUAGGACCUGGGUAGCCCAUGUGGUGGUCAUCAGCAGCUCCCAUCAGCCUCAGCCAGCAUGGCCACUGGUCAGGGAUCAUGGAAGCUGUAGUCCAGCUACAUCUGGAGGGGCUACUCCUGGGUUAGGUUCUUUUGCAGCCCAGCUGACAUCUUUCAGCUAAAGAUUCCUGGGACUGAACCCAGGACUUGCGGUAUGCAAAACGUGUCCCGCUAUUGUCCCACUGUGCUGUUACUCCUUGAGUCUGGUGAUAAUGAAGAAACCUGCUUAACAGCGCUUGUGCCCCAUAACCCUAAAAAAAGAGCUCAGCAGCUAUUCUGCAGCCAUAAAGCAAACCUGAGAAUGUAUCUCAUUUAUGAUCAAGGACUUUGUGUAUGCCAGUGCAGAAGCCCAUUCAAGUGCAAAGUAAGAUCUUGGUUUCAACACCCAUCUUGCUUGCUUGCAGUUAUAAUUGUGAAGAUCAUCUUAAAAGUGAGUGGGAAGGGAAGUUAGUGGAGCCUUCAAAACAUUCAUCACUGUGAAAAGUUCUCCGUCUUUGGCCACUUCCUGAUACACAUCAACACAGCUGCUUCUGUGGCAGAUGGGUGGGGUAUAAAUAAUAAUAAUAAUUUAUUAUUAUAAUAUCUUCCUGCAAAGGAAUGCCAUUGCCCCACAGUGAACUGCCAAUGCAAACAUUCACUGGCUUCCUUUGAGCUUUGAGGCCCUGGGCCAAAUGCACCGACCCACACCCCAAUUGGCCCUGGUUAUGCUGGCUGGGGCUGCUGGGACCUGGAGUUCAAAAACUCUACAGGGCAUCAGGUUGGGGAAGGCUGCCUUGAACUGUUUGUGUCCUGACUAUCCCAGGAAAACACACUUCCUAUCCAAACUGCCAGGAGACUUAAGAUAGCAAAUAAAGCCCUGCUGAGAGAACCAUCAGGUGCAGAAGCAAGGCUGGCUGCUGUAAGAAGCAGCAUCUUCUCUGCAGGGGUCUUGGACUACAAUUCCCAUCGUCCCUGACCACUGGUCCUGCUGGCAAGGGAUGAUGGGAGUUGUAGUCCAAAGACAGUUGGAGACCCAAGUUUGGGAAACCCUGCUCUGGAAGCUUGUGAGAGUCCAUCUGUUGUCUUUUCAGGAGGCAGGGGGAAGAGGUUUCUCUUUUGCUGUGCCUUUGAGGGGUGGGGAGCAAAGCUCCUGUUAGCAGGAUCCUGGUGCUGGGAUCCGCCCCCCCCCCCAUGGCUUGCAUGCUUGUUAAUAUUGCUUAAUAUUUUAAUCCUCCUUAUGUAGGUUGAUGUUGCCACCUGUUUUGGAAAUGGGUGUUGAAAGGCGGUUUAUAAAAUCCCCUAAAUCAAAAGGUCCCAGGGGAGAUAUUCGCCCGCUGUUUCGUUGCUGACAUUUUCAUAGGACCUGAGAUACCAAUGGGGCUUUUGGGGACACACACACACACACACACACACACACACACACACACACAUGCCUUGUUUCUUUGCCCUCCGGUAAAUAGGACUUGCCCUCUGAGCCAUGCCCACAACAAAGGCAGGCGGGAGUGCAUGCAGAUAAUUGCUCCUCCAAGGCCAUAUGUGUACUAUGGGCUGGAAAAGAGGGGUUGCGCCGGGGGCGGGGAGAGAGAAUAUGUUGGUUUCCUUGGCAACUUGCCACCGCUGCAAUUGGCAGCUAGGGUGCAAAGGUCAGCGGCACAGGCAGGUGUAGCCUCUCCACCCACCGCCCCUUUCAAUGUGAUUCAUUGCCGUAAGCCGUUUGCCCCUCCCCCGCACCGGCCGCCAUUGCAGAAGCAAUUAAGGGCAACCCUACUUGGAAUCGGCACGUGCUGGGCAGACGUCGGCGUGUGCCUGAACCGGAGGGGAGGAGGUGUGUGAGGAUGGGGCGCAGGGUUUGGGUGAGGGGGUUGUUGUAGGCAGAGCUGGUUGAACAGCAGCCUCUGGUGAGGAAAGAAGCUCCACAUUUGCAGGCUGUUGGGAAGAGGUGAGAUCAAGGGCAACCAGGAUGACUUUGGGAAGCUUCCGUCUUCCUAGGUCGAGCCACAGUGAGAUGCUUCUGACUACGGAUGGACAGAUCGGUCAAUUUCAGUUUCUCUAAUAUUUUCAAGCUUAAGGUCUGUUCUCCACAUUUCCACAUCAGCUUGCAAAUUCCAGUUUAACGUCCUCUUGGGUAGGCAAACUAAGGCCCGGGGGCCGGAUCCGGCCCAGUCGCCUUCUAAAUCCUGCCUGCGGACAGUCCAGGAAUCAGCGUGUUUUUACAUGAGUAGAAUGUGUGCUUUUAUUUAAAAUGCAUCUCGAGGUUAUUUGUGGGGCAUAGAAAUUUGUUCAUUCCCCCCCAAGUUUAGUCUGCCCACAAGGUCUGAGGGACAGUGGACCGGCCCAUGGCUGAAAAAGUUUGCUGACCCCUGUCCUAAAUAUUCACAUUUUUGUGUGCGGUUUUGCCAAACAUGCGCAUCUUUUCAAACAGGUUUUCCCUAAUACGAUGCAUCUUUGAUCCCCCCGCAUCUGCAGGUAGAAGGGAGAGACCCUUGCCUGAAAUCCUGGCAGGCCUAUGCUCCUAAGUCAUAGCUGUCAACUUUUCCCUUUUCUUGUGAGGAAUCCUAUUCGGAAUAAGGGAAUUUCCCUUAAAAAAAGGAAAACGUUGACAGCUAUGUCCUAAGUGCCAAUGGGCUGCAUCGAGUUAACCCUAGCUAUAACAGGUUGGUUACUCUUCCAUGCAUCCAAAAUAUCUUCUUUUUUCAUGUGUGGGUUUGUAUGUAUGUGUCUCUGGCUACUCGGCAGCAUAACUUUGAGACCAGAAACUGUCUCCGUCUUGGUGAUCCCAAAUAUGACAUGUCGCUCAGCUCUGCACUGCUGGCAGGUUUGCUUCCAACGGCCCAUUAGUCAUGCUAAGAUAUACCCCACCGGGGAGAAAAUAUUCAAUAGCCCCCAUCCCAGAGGGUAGUGGGACAGCAUGCUGCCUCUAGGAACAAUCUGUUAUUUAUAUAUUCUGUUCUCCGCGGAGCCUAAAUACUAGGCACUUUGCUCCCUGCUCCCUGGAGGGGCCCCUAGAGCUUUGCUCAUCUGAGGCCUGCAUGUGGCAGAAGACACAUCUUAGCAUUUAUUAAUAGCUCCAAGGGCAGGGAGCCUCCUUGCUGUCCAGAGCCACCUGGGAUCCUGUCUCAAUAGCAUUGCCUUUUCCUACGGGGGCGCCUUCCCAACCCUGCUCUCAUUUGCUUACUUAAGACCAUCUUUAUGCUGCUUAAUAGACCAGUAAAAUAAAAUAAAAUUCUAAAGUGUGUACUGCAAAUUAAAACAUACAUACGCACAUAUCUUUCCAAAAUUUACAAUGAAAACAUUGUUACAAGCCACUAGGAAUAGUAGUAAAAAAAAAGUACAGAAAAGCAAUAAAGCUUUCCAGCUUUCAGAAAAAAUGCUUUUUGAGGUUGGAGCAGGAGGUGUGUCUUCAAAAGAUGACCAAAGCAGGUAACUGAUGCUGAUGACAUAGGCAGCAGCAUGGAGGCAGGAUCUGUGUUUCCCAUUGGUAGCUGCUUGGGUGAUCACAGAUGGAAAAAGACACGGAUCUUGAACCUUUAAGUGGUUGGGCAUAAAGGGGCACGGAAACCUCUUGCUUCCACCAGCCAAUCUUGUUUGGCUUUGGGGUAGAGAUGCAAGAUACACGUGUUCAUACACCCCCACACAUCUAUGUGCCCCCACACCCACAUGGUUGCUUUGGUGUCUGAACCAGUGGUGCAUUAUGCUGUUGAGAGUGCCUAAUUGUACAAGGGCUUAUGGGAGUCAUUUAUAUGCUGCUCCUUUACUCCCUAUAAAGCAGGGGUCAGCAAACUUUUUCUGCAGGGGGUCAGUCCACUGUCCCUCAGACCUUGUGGGGGUGGCGGACUAUAUUUUGAAGGGGGGGAAAAUGAAUGAAUUCCUAUGCCCCACAAAUAACCCCGAGAUGCAUUUUAAAUAAAAGCACACAUUCUACUCAUGUAAAAACACCAGGCAGGCCCCACAAAUAACCCAGAAAUGCAUUUUAAAUAAAAGGACACGUUCUACUCAUGUAAAAACAUGCUGGUUCCCAGAUGGUCCGCGGGCCGGAUUUAGAAGGCUAUUGGGCCGGAUCCGGCCCCCAGGCUUUCGUUUGCCUACCCAUGCUAUAAAGGGCCUCUCUUCAGCAAUCUUUGCUGGUGGCUGGUAAGAGAUAAGUGAGUGAUGGGCAGACCAGCAACAUUUUUAGCUGCCACCAGGAGCACUCAGGUGGGAAUGGGAACUUUGCAUAGGUUCCAAGAGUUGCUCUGGGAUGUUCCAGGAUAGCGAUAGUGAUGCACUCCCCCCCUCCCCCCGCAAUUUAGGAUGUGUUCUGUGUAGGCUAAAAUAUGGAUUGUUUGAUUGGUGGAUUUCAAGGCUUCUAAACUGAUUGUGAUACAUAAAUGCAGGCCCUGCAUUCAUCCCAUUGGAUACCAGUUGCUGGUGGGCAUCCUUGAAGCAUCUGAUUGGCUAAUGUGGGGAAUGGAAUGCUGACUAGCCAACUCUUUGAUGUGGUCCAGUGGGGUUCUUCUUUUGAAUCUGAUCCUUUAUAAGAAGGGUAGGGACCCUUGGCCUAAUUCUUUUCAGAGGAGGAGUCUGGAGUGAGGGAGGGAGGAAAGGUUGCGGGGGGGGGAUAGGAAAAAGGCAAACGAGGGUGGAGUUAUUGGGAUGGGGUGAAAAUGCCUCUGCAAGCAUCUAGUUCGGGCUUGAGACAAGAGCAAUUUGUCCUUUCCCUGGUAGCCUAUGGGGUGGGGAGAAAGAACAGGCAUGGGGGAGAGAAAGCGGGUUGGGGGGGGAGAGAGAAGGUGGCAGAGAGAGAAAGUCAGUGACACACAGAGAAAGUGGGUGGCAGAGCGAAAGACAAAAGGGGGGUGACACACACAGAGAGGCGGUAGGGAGAGGUGGCGGCAGCAGCAGCAGCAGAGAGCCAGCCAGCAAGCAGAGUGGAUGUAUCCACUUCUAUUCAUCUCCACCUGCUAUCAGCAUCCUGAAAUGUGGCCCUCAAUAGUUAAAGGUUCCCCAUCCCUUGUUUAUGUCCUAGUGAUGCUUGUAUGGGAACGGAUGUAUCUCCCAAAGCGCUGCAGAGAAAGCAGUGCUGGAUGAGGGAAAGUUCCUGGGGCCUGGAGAUCAAAGAGGUGAGCUUUUCAAUUAGUUCCACCCAUGCCUAUCCUGCUAAUAGAGAGAACUGGGGAGCGGGGGGGGGGGGGGAGAGAAAUUAAAUUCCUUAGUAUCUAUGACCCCUGUAACAUCCACAAGCACCCACAUCACCCUGCACAUUCUCUCUGUCUCUGCAAGCCUGCUUUCCACUGCUCUUUUCCCGCUGCAGCUUCCCUGCCAGCACCAGGCCCAGCUGGGUUCCAGUUAAUUAACUGUGUUGUCUUAUCGGCUCUCUUGCACGCACCAUCCGUGAUGCCUGUGAAUUAACUCUGCCUGCGAUAAGCCUCAUUGUUCUGAGCCCUGGAGAGCCAUGCGCCUCCCUCCUCGCCUGCCUCCCUCUCAGCUGUUACGCACUCCCGCCCGCCCCCCUACCCCACCCCAAAACAUGUGCAGCCCAGUGUUGUUGGCUGGAAGCCCUCCAGAGUUGGCAGAGCCUUUGAAGUGGGCAGCAUCCUUAAUUGCAUUUAAAGAGAUGGCUGGGAAGCUGGGCUGCGUCCGCCCUCUCCCCCCCCCUCCACGUUUCUCGUGAUGCAGAUCCCUCCCACCACUGCUGAAGACAUCCAUUGGCUUCUCCUCUCCCUCCUUACCAUCACCUCCCUACGUGAAGGCCGCCAACUAGGAGGAGAGGGGGAAGCUGUACUUGGCACCAAGGCUUAAGAGGCUUGCUACCUCUAUCGCUAAAGGGGAAAGGGUAGAGGAGAUGCCGGAGGAAGCAGGCCAAUCCCUCCUAAGCCCAUCGGACGGAAGUAAUUCGUUUUGACAGCGUCUGUCUCCUCCUACCUCCUUGCUUGAGAAUUCGCCUAGAAAUUUCAGUGCCGCUGAGCGUCUCCCAGCUUGACAGGGAGGCCCAAGAUGGAAGCGGUGGGCAACGGAUUGCCGCCACUGCCGUUCUGUGGUCUUGCGGCAGGCGGCGGCUGCGAGCUGCCUGCCAUUUUAAUUAUCCACAAUGGCAUUUCUGGGAAAUUUAAAAUGGCGGCCAGCUGUGGUAAGCCCCAAAUCCAGGGAGGGAAGGGAGCAAUUUCAAAGCAGGCGUCGACGCCAGUGGGCCCUGCUGGGGCAUCAGAAGCUGCCCAAGGAUGCAGAGUGGUAGUGCCCAGCCAUGGGUUUGAAGGCUGACUGAAACCUUCAGCUAUUGCUCUGCCCAGGUGAAAGCAGGGCACAGAGCACCACCCUAAAUUUGGCGCUGAAGAGUGAGUUAGGUUGCAAGGGCUACCAGAAUGGUGAUGGUGCUCUCCAGGCUGUCAGUGGAACCUGAAUUUGUUCAAUCACCUUCUAAAGGAAAAGUGGUCGACCUGUGACCCCCACAGAUAUUGAUGGAGUCCAGCUCCCAUCAGCCUCAGCCAGACUGGGAUGGCGGGAUGUUGUUGUCUGGCAACAUCUGGAGGGCCACAGGUUCCUCACCCCGUUCUAAAGCGAUUGGAGUUACUGAUCAUCACCUCACUUUGCCAAAGUCCAUCCUUCCCUUUGCGUUCAAGGUGGUUUGCAUUAAACUGACAAAAAUACAGUGGUACCUCAGGUUACAGAUGCUUCAGGUUACAGAUGCUUCAGGUUGCAGACUGCGCUAACCCAGAAAUAGUACCUCAGGUUAAGAACUUUACUUCAGGAUGAGAAUGAAAUCACAUGGCGCAGCGGCAGUGGGAGGCCCCAUUAGCUAAAGUGGUACCUCAGGUUAAGAACAGUUUCAGGUUAAGAAUGGACCUCCGGAACGAAUUAAGUUCUUAACCCGAGGUACCACUGUAUUCAAUGCAAAAAUAAUAAUGUUAGUCUACAAGACCUCGAUAGUUAAAACACAAAUUUCUAAUAAGACGAGACAGACAUAAAAAAAUAUUAGGCAAUACCAAUCCAUUAAGCAAUUCAUCAAAACGUGCAAUUUAUAAUUACUAGAUCAUAACAUUUCCAGGCAACAUGAAAACAUAAGUGACAGGCCGAGAAGUAACUCAAUUAAUGCAGAUUGCAGGAGAAUCAAUCAUGUAACAAAUCCACAAGCCCAAAAUGCACAGGAGCCACCGAGAUUAAAAAUGAUAUUAACUUAAGAUUCCAUGCACAAACCCCAGCUGAUUAAAUGUGCCAUGAUAUCCUCAUCUUUCCUCUGUUCUCACCAGACCCCAACCUUGUGGCAGUGAGUUUCACUGACUGAAAAUGUCUUCUGUGAACAACUUGUAUCUUGUCUGCCCUCCAUCUACUGCAGGGGUGGGAAACCCUCUCCAGAGUCAUUCCUUUCUGGACAACCUUCCAGGGCCACAUGCCAGUGGGUGACCAGAGGCCAACACUGAGCAGAGCCUGCUGGAUCAGGGCAAUGGCCCAUCUAGUCCAGCAUCCUCUUCUCAAAGUGCCUGUGGGGAACCCUCAAGCAGGACCUGAAAGCAGGACCAAGAGAAAACCCUCUCCCCUCCCAUGGUUUCCUGCAGCUGGUGUUCAGAAACAUAUAGCCUCCAGCCAUGGAGGCAGAACACAGCCAUUGUGGCUGGUAGCCAUUGGACAGUCUCAUCCUCCAUGAAUUUGCUCAGUCCUCAUGAAGCCAUCCAAGUCGGUGGCCAUCACUGCCUCCUGCAGGAGGAUCAGGGACGCAGCUGGCGCUGUGGUCUAAACCACGGAGCCUCUUGGGCUUGCCGAUCGGAAGGUUGGCGGUUCAAAUCCCUGCGACGGGGUGAGCUCCCGUUGCGCUGUCCCAGCUCCUGCCAACCUAGCAGUUCGAAAGGACACCAGUGCAAGUAGAUAAAUAGGUACUGCUGCAGCGGGAUGGUAAACGGCAUUUUCGUGCGCUCUGGUUUCCAUCAUGGUGUUUUGUUGUGCCAGAAAUGGUUUAAACAUGCUGACCACAUGACCCAGAAAGCUGUCUGUGAACAGAUGCUGGCUCCAUUAGUCUGAAAGCGAGAUGAGCGCCGCACCACAUAGUUGCCUUUGACUGGACUUAACACUCCAGGGGUCCUUUACCUUUAUCUUUUACCUGCAGGAGGAACAGGCUUGAUAGUUUAAUUACGCACUGUGUGGAGUAUUUUCUUUGGUCUACCCAACAUUCCGCUUCAUUUGGUGCCCAUAAGUUCUAAAUUUUAUAGCCUUCUGUCAUGUCACCUUUUCCCUAAAGUCCUAAAUGUGGCAACCUUUCUUCAUAAGGAAGCCACUCCCAUCCCCUUGACCAUUUUGCCUGCUCUUUCGUCUCUUUUCCAGCUGUCCUGUAUCCUUUUUGAGCUGAGGCAGCUAGAACUGUGCACAGUAUUCCAAGUGCAGCCACCUUCACAGUCACGUGGGCCAUAAACUUGUGUUCUUUUCACGUGUGGUGAAAUUAGCAUAAGCAUCUCGAUAUUUUAUAUCUCCAGCACCAAGCUUCCAAAAUUUGACGGAUGCUAUGAAGGCGGUGGUGGCGUAGACUUGUAACUAAAGAUCUUGCAGGCAGGUGGGGGAAGGCCAUACAUAGCUCAUUAGUAGAAGACAUGCUUUGCAAAGCAGGAGGUUUCAGGUUCCAGUACCUGGCAUAGACUCAUAGAGUUGGAAGAGGAUCAACCCUCUGCGAAGCAGGAAUAUGCAACUGCCCCAUACAGGGAUUGAACCUGCAACCUUACUGUCCUCAACCCCACACUCUAACCAACUGAGCUAUCCAGGCAUCUGCAGGCCUAGCUGAGAAAGAUCCCCUUCUGAAAUCCUAGAGGGUUGCUGUCAGUCAGUGUACUAGGCAAUAGUGAGCUAUGGCCCUGCAGAUAAUGGUUGAACUCCAAAUCCCAUCAGCCUCAGCCAGUACAGUCAUUGGUCAGGGAUGAUGGGAGCUGUAGUCUUGACAACAUCUAGAACGGCGCAUGUUACCUAUCCGUGGUUUGCGUUAUGCUCUAACCACCCUGUUGGGAGUGCUAACUAUCUGAAUGUCUCUUCUGUUACUGUCAUCCUUUGGCAGGAGCUGUCUAAGAAGCAACAGGGACGGAUAACGACCGAGAUCCAGGAGGCCAGCAAGUUCUACUACGCUGAAGAUUACCACCAGCAAUACCUGCACAAAAACCCCGAGGGGUUUUGCGGCCUGAAAGGCACUGGGGUUGCCUGCCCCAUUGGCAAAUGAGAGCCUGCCUCCUCCAGAGGGGAGUGUUCUUGGGAACCAUGGUGAUCGGAACCCUUCAGCAGUUGCCAUGGAAACCGAAGCAGCCUAGCAUCCUCCUUAAUUCAGCUGUAAUUUAGCAAUUGGGGCUGUCCUUUCCUUCCUUUGUGUUUGUGGGAUGCUGCAAGAUUUGGGGAAGGAGGCAGACAACGGCCAGCCUGCCAGGAGACCGUCCUGUGCCUUGGAUAAGAUACAGCUACCCACCUAUACAGGCCUCACAUAGGAAAGGGGUGCCUUCUUCCUGGUUGCGGCCUCUUCAGAUGUCCAGUCCUGUCUCAGAGAGGGUCAAUGCAGAAAGACGAGACUGCCAUUGCUCUGAGGCUGUGUUCACACUGAGGCAUUAACACAUGCGUGGGCCGCCGUUUCCAUGUACCUGUUGUCGCACCUUGGUUGUCCGCACACAAAUGCCUUCAAUUUUCUCUGCAGAUGUUUCCCAUCCACAACAGUUGGGCACUGCUAGCUGGGUUGUAUUGGGGCUGUGUGUUGUUCUCUAUGCCCUUCCAUUAGCACUGCCAUCACUUCUGGACGCUUGCGGUUUUUGUGGUUUUUUAAAAAAUAAAUACAUUAUUGGGACCAACUGGGCCAGUUACCUAUUGAAACCCUUCUGUAUGCAGAGUCAGCAGCAUUUGGCUAGUGAAAAUUGGGCUAGAGAGCAGACUUUGUACCAGUUGCCAUUGCCCACACAGAGGUGCUUGCAGCUAAGAAGGCAAUGAAGUUGUUUGUUGUAGGAAAUCUGUAACUUGGAUAGAAAAUGUUCUAGUCUAGAGAAGAACGAGGCAGCCAUACCUGGUUCUUUGUUGUCCUAGAGGAUAAUUAAAGGUGACCACUUAUCUUGAGGUUCAAGUAGGAGAAGGAAGAG